AUGUGCAUCGUGGGCACUGAGGAUUCUAGUGCAACCCCCACACUAUAUAUGUAAGUAGUGUUUGCUUACAAUAUGUAAUUUUACCAUUAUUACCAUUGUAAAAGGGUUACACCAGGCAUCAUGAGCACUUUAGUGAUUAUAAGUGGUCAUUGCUCUGAAAUGCUGCACAUAUAAAGAUUAAUCCCUCUGGGGCCAAAGGUGCUCCUGGCUGUCAAUUCUGUGCAAAUUACGAUGCACAGAUGCGUAUUGAUUGGCUGAGAGCAGUCAGCUGACACAAAUGCCAGAAGUCGUAAAUCUACCUUCAACGAAGAGUAGGAGCGCAGCUGAACCCAGGUAAGUUGGCAACUGUUCCAAAAUAUUUUGCGCCAUUAUCAGGACACGUGGCCUCAUUACCGCUACUGGAGGCUGCAGUGGUACUGGUUAUGAUAUUUGGAGUAUCCCUUAACGUUUCAUAAUAUUCGGUGUAUUCCUUAGUUUGUUAAAAUGUGUCAGUUAUUUACCGAGUUCGUUUGGCUUGAAAUUAAAACGUAAAAAAUGGCUUGGUUAAUCAGUUGAAAUAUAUUACCCAGAGUAACUGUGAUCCCUUAUUGACAAAUUGGCAAAUGGAAAAAUCAUUCCAUUAAAAGUUCCCUCUGUAAUCCAAUCGCUGCCAUGUUGAAGGAAACGGAAGAAAUUUGUAUAGGUAGUGGUGUCCUGGUGCUAUGGAGAGCUCCUGUUUUUUGUAAACCUUCUCUUAAAUAUUUAGGUAAAUCAGGGAAUUGAUCUCUGAGGUAAUUUGGCAACAUAACCACUACACCAAGUUGUAAUGGUUACAAGUUUUCCUUUAAUAAAGAAACAUUGUAAGAUUAAAAAAUAAAUAUUAUUUUCAAUUGCUCAUUUUCAUUUUUAAAUGGGAUUGUGUCAUAUUUGAGAAAAUAAAACAUACAAAAAGGAAAGCACUGUUUAUAUAAAUUUUUAAGAAAUCUAUACAUUUGUUUAAAGACUGUCUAAUUCAACCCACAGCCAUAUGCCCAGAUGUUGCUAUCUUAAAAAAAACGAAAAAACAGAUGUAUCACUGCUGGUAUAGCCUGUAAUGCAUUUAUAUUCACUGGUUCUAAAAAGGAAAUAAUUCCAGAUUAGGAUUGCUAAUCUGGUUUAUUUGAGAAUAAAAACAAUAUUUCACUAAUUUUAGAGCAUGCAAAACAAUGAUCUGUGUAUAAUAAAAAUAAAUACAUAAGAAUAUAAAUACAGAUUUUCAUUCUAGUGAUAGAAUUACAGUAAAAUAAUUUCUCAGAAUGGUAAAUUGUGUAUAAAAAUAUCUAUUUUUAAUGAAUAACCACCCUGUUGAAGAAGUCGUCUAAUUGUGAGUGCUGUGUCAUUAGUGUGUGCAGUAAUUCUGCAGUUUGGUUUCCCCCUGUAAAUCUGCCCACUAAUCUGUAAUCUGAAUUACACCCUCACCCACACCCUCCAUGUUAAACUGCUAAGCAGACAGCCUUCCUUUAAAAGAAACACACAGUUAUGUGUGGAAUAGACACAUGUUAAUCUGCAAUCUCUGAGCGUUGCUUUUUUUCAUAUCAUCAACCUCUAGCCUAGAUUCUGUGAAACCCUCGCCAACCUUUCUAAUGCUAUAAAUUAGCCUGUGGAAAAAAAAUCCAGUUCCACCUAUCCCCUUUCUUCUUUCUAUCUUCUGUCUUUUUUUCCUCUUUCCUCCUUGAAGCUGGUUUGUUAAUCCUGUAUGUAAAUUACAGCCAAUGGAUGCUGUUGUUGAGCAGGGCUGGGAUUAGAGACAGGACGAAUGGCUUUCAAUCUUACUGGGAUUAUAGAACAAAGGGACUCUGCAAUACACACACAAAAAAGAGAGAUUUUAUUUUGGGAGGGGGUGGGAACAUUUCUUUCCCCCUCUAUCACCCCCUCUCCUCCACAACCCUUUCUGCAGACAGCAGCCAAAGGGGCACUGAUAGAAGACAGAUAUAUAUAUAUUUACACUGCGGAUCGGGGGACGAUCGCUGCUCAUCUGGAAAGAAAUUACCCUGUACAGCAAGCCCCCUCCCCUCUAUUUUUAUUUUCCACGUUUAUUAAAGGAAGAAGCCUCAGAUCAGGGCUAAGGAGGUUGGUUUGGAGAGGAUCUCAAGCAGAAGUACUAGGACCUUUUUGGUAAGAGAAACUUUGUGUCUUGUUUAAUGUUUUUUUUUGUGUGUGUGUGUGUGUUUUUAUGUCUUCCCAAAGUGUCCAUGCAGUGUGCUGUCUACACGUGACUGAGCAGGUUCCACACACUGAAUGUGUUGUUACUUGAGAUUCGAAUUUAAAGGGACCUGAUGAUGGGCCGUUCUCCUUGCCCAUCUCACUGCGCUUCGGCCCCGCUUUGCUUUAUUUAUAAAGGCGAGAGGUGGGACAGAAUUGGUAUAUGCGAUGAUAUUAAGAUUGAAUUCCCUGCAGCCUGGGAUGAGGUCAGAAUUUGGGGGUGUGUGUAGAUAUACGUCUGUGUGUUGGGAUUUGUGUUUUUAGGAAAGUAGGGUUUACUAUGGACUCUUGGUGACUCCUCCCUCAGAUGACAGGCACAUCCCUAGGUCACUCUCUGUAUCCUUGCUGAUCAUGGCUUUGCUUUUGUUGUGCACAGACAGUGCAUGUUUGUUGUGAUGUUGAUUAAUGCGUUAUUGUCUCUUAUUUAAUUGAGUAUGUUGCUCCAUCAACAAUUAAAACAUUUUAUUUUAUAAUGAAACUUGUUGUUGCAGUUUGUCCAUCUAAAUCCCUGUUUAAAUGAAAAUGGACAUGUUUACAUAGUAGUGGAAACCUCACUGAGCAUAGAUAAGAAGGUUUCAUUGACAGGAGUGGAUUUGUAUAGAUCUUGCUUUAGGUGGAGAGGCUACAGGAUGCAGUGUUCGUUGGUAAAAUGCAUUAUAAUAUAGGGAACUAUUUAAAUCUGCCCCAGGCUCUUCAAGCCAGAUUAGCACUGAUAACAUUCUCAUAUCUUAAUUUAGACUAUAGAUCUUCCCAGAAAACGUGCCCACAUCAUUGCAAGGGUUAAAGCAGACAUGAAUCAAGAAUAAUUCUAUAAGUUUUGCUUUUGGCUGUGUGUAUGUGUAUGUAUUUGUUUUAUAACCUUAUAAAAUAAGGUUUUCAGCUCAUCUACAGGAAUCCAUUGGGAUUUCUUAAUGCAAAGUAUGGAUAAAGACCCAGGCUCUAAAAUUAAUUUAAUCUGCAACAGAUUUGCUUUGUUUAGAUUUAGUAUUUUGGCUGUAAUGUAUCGGAAUUCGGAAAGGGGAUUUUUUUUUGUCUCCUAUUCCAGGGAGCUUAAACUGUGAUUCCAUACACAUGCAUUUUUGGUUCUAGAUACCUUUUAAUAUAAGGGACUAUAAGGGAUAUAAGGAAUAUUGAUUUUGAUUAAAUAUAGUUCUCAAACAACCAAUUAUAGUGCACACUUAGAGUAUACUGUCUGGUUUUGCUGUACAUGGAGACAUUGGAGUAGUCUAUACAUCAACUGAAUGUGUUGUAAUUCCUAUUUUGUGGACUAGAACAAAACAGACAUGUGGCAUUUACAUUAUAUGACAUUUUAUUACUCCACAAUUCUGGAGCUUGCAAUGUACAAAAUUAACUUUUCAAAUUAUGUGGACUCGGUAGUUGUCCUCAUGCUAUAAACCUUUUAUUCCACAACAUCCACAACACUCGAUAUGAAAUUCUUGACAUUUCCAUUCUGAACAAAAUCCAAGUAUAUAAAUAUGUGUACGGUAUGAUACCAGUAUUGCACUCAGUGCUUCUCAAUAAACUUUAUCAAGGGAGUUUACUAACGUGACAAUUCAAGGUGAAUUUAAAAUGUAAUGGCACAGUAGCCGACUUAUAAAAUGUUUCCAGUUCACCUUGAAUUUGCAAUUCACUUUGAAUUCACCUUGAAUUCUCACUUUUGUAAAUAACCCAGUGUGUGAUGCAAUAUGUUUAUAGACACUAGUAGAAGAGCCAAAAAUGUUUAAAUAUCUUAAAGGAAACCUGUCAUCACAUAACUUUAGCUUUAUGCAUUGUGUAUGCAGUUUUGCUAGCAAAUAUUUAGAUUUGGAUUAAAAAAACUAGAAGAGAUCCCUGCUUUGCACUUAUGGCAGCGCUGGCUAGGAGUAUAGAAGUGUAAUACCCACCUCUUUAAUGAGAUUGCAGGGGGGAGUGCAGAUCCAGGUAAGCAUUACAGAUUCCAUUUAAUACUCAUUUUUCCUAUAUGAUAAUAUUAUAGUGUAUUUAACCUGGAAUGUCCUGGGUUUAGAUGUUAUUGCACAAUGAAUGAUACUUACAGAAAGAAAAGUAAUAUAAAUAUUAAACAUAGCUUAUUACAUAGUUCCCCAACGCUACAGAAUUAGUUGCAGAUUUGAUUCUAGGACAAAGCUCUUAUCAAAAAAGUAAAAAAAAGAUCAAAUUAAAGGCAAAAAUUCUAGUUUUAUUUGUUUGAUAUAUGUUUCUGUAAAUUGUAAAAGUUAAUCAAUUCGUACAUAUGUAUUCUUUUUCCCCCCAGCAAGCUAUAUCCUGCAAUGUAAGAGAGCUGGGCGUGAAGCGCAAUUAGCAAAAUUGGUCCGCCCUCCUCCCUGACUGGAAGCAACACAUGCAAAUUCACAUAUCUGGAGUCGUGUCAAGGUAUGGAGACAUUUGCCUAUUGAUUUGUAAAUGCUGUAAAAUAGUCUCUGUGUUCUUAGUAGCACUUUAAGGUUUUGUUACAUUUGUAGUGGGCAUGGUCCCCUUUAAUGACCAAUGGCACACUUUGUAUAGUCUGUCACAAAGGAUUUUAUCUAAUGCUUUCUCGAGCAGUUAAAUUAAUCUUAUUGAAGUGGUCUGGGUGCAGUGGACCUUUAAUGUUUGCCCUUCAACCUAAAACAUUGCUGUAUAGUAGAUGCACCAUGUUUUCAUUGAAGGGUUACUGUCUUCCUGACAGCCACUAUAGGCUCUUGUGUUGCAAUGACUGAGAUUCACUUGGUCAUGUGAUGUUCAACAUCCAUAGGGACAUUGAACGUCCUCAAAUGCAGCUCAUUGGAUUCCGUGCCUACCUAUAAAAACCAUAUGAUUGGACUUGCCGUCGCCUCGCACACACAUCAUUGUGGAAGCAAUGCCUCUCAGUUUUUUUGCAUGGGGAGGUCUGAAUCUAAAUACGGACACUUUAGCAUUAAUAAUACAUGGUUUUAUCUUUAAGGCUGUCCUUUAACACUGAAUGUAUGGACAGAGGACUCCAGGUACUAUAGCCUAUACAAUGAAAUGCCUACAGUGUCCCUGUGAUAAUAGCUCCCGUGCUGGUAAUUCCAUCUCUUUUUAUUGUAUUUGAACAAGUACAUUAUGGCUUCAGAAGCACUCAGUGUGUGGUGUACUCAUCCUUGUGCUCAUGCGCUUCCGGAUGCCAAGUCUCGUAAAAAUGGUGCAUUUUUUUGUUAGUGCAUUUUGACAUAAUCUGUGGGAAAAUUAAUAACUAAUAAUUAUGAUUAGAUUACUUUUCCAUUUUUCUGCAGCUGGUGUACAUGAGUGUAUUUUUGGUGGUAAUUAUAUAUAUAUAUAUAUAGGCAAAGACACAAACUCUUAUUGUGUUGUAAUUGCACUUUUCCCGUGGGAAAAAAAAAAAACUUUUUUAUACAAUAGCAGUUAUGUGUCAAAAUAUACCAUCUGCCAUUGGAUUAAAAAUAAUGGGACCCACUACGUUAACUUUUUAAAGGAACUCUCUAACUACAAUGUGCUCUAGUGCUUAUGGUGCCAGGAGUUUGGAAACCUACUUGCUUGGGCUCCCAUGCUGCAUCUGGUUUUCUCUUAUAGAAAAAGACACAUGUCUUUUUACAGUGAAGCAUCGCUGACCCAGGAACAUGUUGGUUGGUUGGUUGAGAGCGAUCAGCUGAUGCUCUCAGUCACUGAGCAUAGUCCUGCUUGGCUAAGUUCUGUAGAGUUAGCCUGAUUGUCCUGCAGGUGAAGACUGGAUGAAGGUGCUGUGGAUGCAGUUGUCUGUCAGGAGCACAGUACUAAAAGGGUUUGACUAAUUACUGUGGGAUGGCACCUCGGCACCUGAGCUCUUGUCUCCAUAACCACUACAGAGGGUUGUAGUGGUUAUUGUGUUUGGAGUUUCCUUUCAUGUAUGCCCUUGUGCUCCCUUUUAGAAAUGGAUAUAUUAGAUCAAUCAAAUAGUAAUGUAUCUUAGUGCUUAUAUGAUGCAGUGCGUGGGUACUAGAAUAAAGAAAUGCACUGUCUCGUCAGAUCUAUACAUGGUAUUGUAAUCUUGCUUAGAUGACUGAUUUUAUGUGGCAAUCAGAUUUUAUGUUAUUUCUUUUACUUUUGAAAGGUCAUGUCUAAAAUAUACUUGCAUUCAUGUAUAGGAGGACUCGGCAAUGCAGAAUCAGUAAACCAUAAGAACAUUUAUGUUUACCUAAACUUUACCACAGCAAUGAUCAUUAGAUGUACAUACCUGUAUUGGUAGUUAGUAGGAAAGUGGAAACAAUGAUACCAUGUGGAUUGAGUGUCACCCGCUAGUGUGAUACUGGUCAAUAAAAAAUUUGCGUGAUUUAUCCCCAUUGAACCCUCAGGUAUAGGAAGAUCUACAUUUCAAUCUAUGUCUGCUACUAGCCUUACACUCAUUAUAAGAAGGCGAAGAUAAUGCCAAACAUGCUGUAUUUCAACUCUAUGCAAAAAAGGCAGCUGCACAAUUUAUUGUGCCUGGUAAAACCAAUAGACCUCUAAUGCAUGCAUCCUAACAUUCAAAGUAGUUCAGCAAAUAUGCUUUAUCCCUUGCAAAGCCGGAAGAAAACAACUGUUGCGCAAAAUACUUGCCUACAGAAAGAAGGGGCAUUAUACAUAAAGCACACGUACACACAUCUUAUGGGGCACAUACAACAUAUAAUGGAUACAUACAUUCAUUCGAAAGGAUGCCACAACACAAACAAAACACUGUACCUACACACAUAAAAAAAUGUUUGUUUUUUGCAUUUAGCAGAUAAUUACAACACACACUCCACAACCUACUGUAUCUUUAGAACACACACACCCAUAAGCUACUAUUGUCCAUGUGGUACUACAUCAUGGUUACUGACAGGCUGAUUAGACCAGUUCACAAAGCCAGUCCACGUGAAGGAAGGUAAACUACAUACAUUACAGGCAGACGUCUACUACCUGCACCUGUUAUUACACUAUAUCUAUAUGCUAAACCUGAAUAUGAUCCUUGCACAAUCCUAGCUCAGCGGAAGGUAACAGAGACUAAUAAUGUUUUAAGAAAGUCUUGGUUAAGGCAGCUCACUGAAAAGAUUUAUAAACAGAUAGGCACACUUGCAUCAGAGAGAUAGGGUUUAUGUAUGAUAAUCAGAAAAUAACAAUGGGUAAUAUUACUAGGAAAAGGGCAUAUUGGCAGUUUAAUAUUUAUAGUUCUGCAUACACACUUGUCAGGCUUCAAACUGUGUUAAUUAAUAUGACCGUGUUUUUUUCCUGACUUCCAAGUGUAACUGAUUUGAUGAGAUAUGCCGUUUUAUUCUGGUAACUAGUAAAUCGGCUAUUAUAGAGGUUUACUGGGAUCCUGCACCAGUUGACUUGAUUGCACCUGAGAUUACACAUAAGUAGACAUAUGUUUCACUGACUGCAUUGUAUCAAAUGCUACCACUUUACCACUAUCAUUAAUUCACACUUCCUAUGAGUAUUUGCAAAGCGGGUUUGUGUUUUAGCCCUUCAUCAUGCAUUGUUCUAAUUGCAACAAUUAAUUAAAUAAGUAAUUAGAUAAUCCAUGGAAUACUCUGUGGUAAGGAUUGUUAUAUAAAUUUGUGUAGGUCAGAAAACAGUAAUAUAUUUAUUUUGAUCCAGAGACAAUAGAGAUGGCUUGACCACCUGUUCAUUUUGGCUGCACACAUUUACUCUAUCUUGUUACAAUGUCUUGCUAUAGUUGUCUGCAGUGAUCACUGUUCUGUUUCUUUCCUUCGCACUCAGCUAGAUUUAUUAACCACUUAAGGACAGAAGCAUUUGUCCAGGUACUUAAUCAAAAUAAAAUCUAGAUUUUCCAACUGUGGAAUUCAUAAUACUUUUAGCUUUUACUGCAGUAAAACACGUGUUUUGUUAUAUUUGUAUGCCGUCCCACGAGUACAGCAAUGCCCCCCAUGUACAGGCUUCUUGGUGUUACAUAAAGUUGCCGGGUGAAAUAGAGCUUGUUCAUUUCAGUUUUUACACAUUGAAGUGUUCCUGAUUAGUUUGCUGGGCCUAUGUUGCAUUUUAGACUGUGGAAUGAAAAUUACCCAUAUCAUAGCACACCAUUUGCAAAAAUAGGGUAUUUUGAAAUGGGUAUGUCCAGUCCUUUUUAGUAGCCACUUAGUUGCAAACCAUGGCCAAAGUUAGUGUUUAUUUGUGUUUUUUGCAUUUUUCUCUGAAAAACUUCUCUUUUACAGAUAAUAUUGUCAUUAUACGUUUUACUGCUCUAAAACACUCAUAUUUGUGUUCAGCAAUGUCUCAUGAGUGUAAAGGUGCCCCCGAUCCACAGGUUCUAUAGUGUUUUGGAACAUUACAGUGUCAAAUAUAGGGCUUGCAGAUUGCAUUCUCUGGACUUUCUACCUAUAUAAUAAAUAAAAAAAUUUAAUCAAAAUAUACUUAUAUAUCACAUGAUGUGGAUUGGAUGUAGGGGGACUGCUUGGGUUUUCAGACAGGUCCUCCGAUCGCGAUUGCCAGGGAGGGUAAGUAUGCUGGGCCAAUCAUAAGGGUCUCCUAUGCCACUCCAACGACUUUAAAGCUCUCCUUUUGUAGGACGGCGUGGUACUCCCUAAUGUUGGGAAAGUGUUAAAGGAACACUCUAAUGACAAUAAAUAAAUGUAAUAAUUAUAUAUAUAUAUAUAUAUAUAUAUAUAUAACAUUAUAGCAUUUUUAUUAUUGUUUGAUCUACUGCCCUCUCCUUUUCAUGCCAAUAACUUUUUAUAGAGAAGCACUGAAGACCUAUGUUGGAUAUGUGGCAGUUGCCUCACUCUGUCAAUCGGAUGCUUUAUCACCAUGCUGGGUGUGAUGAUACAGAGUGUAAAUAUUCCAUUUUUAUUUUAAAUUUUUUAAAUCUUUAUUUUUGCGUUGACAGAAAGUAAGACAGGUAUACUCCAAGGCUUGCUUAGAAGCCAAUGUUCAUAUGUGCAUCAUAUAUGGCAUUGUACAAACUUGAAAAUAUCUUUGAGUAGUUAUGCGUUGUAAUACCAGUUGGAGUGCCAUACAGUCACAGUCUGUCAGUUUUUUAAAGUUAAUAUGAACAAUAAAGUAAUUUAGAACAAAACGGAAAAGUACAAUAACGGCUCUGCGAUUCUAGACGGCUUUCAUUACGUUCUCUUAGUGGAGAUAUUAGGCCCUAAUGCGAGUGGAGGUGCUUGUGUGCUCGGGCAUCUCUCAUGCGUCUAGUGCUGAAUCAUCGUAUUGUUCCCACAGCUCUCAUACCUUGGUGAAGGUGGAGACUGUGUUCCGGACCUGUGCAGUUAAUUUGUCCAUGAGAUAGUUGGUAAAUACUUAAUUUUUGAGGGUCUUCAUGAUAAAGAACUUCAUGAGAUGGCCUCUACAGGUCUGCUCUCUUACAAAUGUAAACAUUUCAUAGAUCUCACAAUGUUUUACAUUGCCAGAGAUAGGGUACAUGGUCUGUGCACCAACAGUUCAUUAAGAUUAAGUGGUUUUGGUGCUUGGAGUGUCUUUUUAAUAAAUCAUCUAAUACAGUAAUUUGCAUUGUAAAAGGAGAGAGUUAGUGUUAUUGUAUAAUGUCUCAUAGUUACAUAGUAAUCUAGGUUGAAAAAUACUAAACCAACCUUUGACACCCAUUCCUUUAAAGGGGCACUGUAGGCACCCAGACCACUUCAGCUCAUUGAAGUGGUCUCGGUUACUGGUCCAUUUUGCACUUAAUGCUGCAUUGUUAAACAUUGUAGUUCCAGAGAAACUAGAGGGCUUCCUGAAUUGAAAUGCACCUUUGGUCCGGUAUCUGACGGCAUCAGAUUUUUUCCCAUAGUAAAGCAUUGAUUCAAUGCUUUCCUUGGAGAGUUCUCAUGCGCAUUAGAGCCCACUUGGAGGGGCAGAGCUUCGACCCAGCGCCGGGGGACAUUGCUGCUGUGAUCAGGUAAGUAAAAAAAGGACAGGAGAAGAGAGUGCCAGGAAUACAUCUUUGUAUUCCUGGACUAUAGUAUCCCUUUAAGCUGCUAAUCUAACAGAAGGCAACCUCCCCCCAUUGUAGCCUUUUACAAAAAGUGGGAAAAAAUCCUUUUUGACUCCAUGGCAAUGGCAAUCCAGUUUCUUUUUUGACAACCAACCUGUUCACAUACAUAUUCAUUAUUUUUUUGAAUAUAUAUAUAUAUAUAUAUAUAUAUAUAUAUAUAUAUAUAUAUAUAUAUACACGUGUUUUUUUUUUGCAAAACAGGCUUUGUUUGAAUUAUCUAUGUAAUCUGAUAAGACAACCUCUUUAGGUAGAGAAUUCAUCACUGUUAUUGUUGUCAUAAGUCUCAAUAGGUGACCUCUUAUUGUAUAUUCUUGCUAAUGAACAGGUUAGCACAUAGCAGUUUGUAAUGACCAUGUAUAUAUUUGUAUAGUGCUAUCAUAUCUCCUCUGAGGUGCUUUUUUUUUUCCCCUUAAGAAAACAAAUCCAUUUUUUUUUUUAGCAUUUCUUUAUAACUAAUGCUUUCAAUCCCCCUUACCUCUGCACUUUAUAUAGUUCUGCAAUAUCCUUCUUUAAAAUUGGUUACAACAUCUAUUCAAGAUGGGAUCUUACCAUUGAUUUAUAAAGAGGCAAAAUUAUAUUGUGAUCAGACACUGCUUUACCCUAUCAGUGCUAUAGAGAGUAAACUCCAUACACCAAUCACAAUAAUACCAUCCCAAAUGCCUACAUCCAAGUUGUAAAAAAUUAUAAUUUUUUUCAGAUCAGUCAGUAAUCAAGGCACCAGGGUCAGUAUCUUUGCAGAAGCUAUUGGCUUAAAUGUGUACAGGUAUUUGUCACUGUAUGCAUAUUUGUAAAUGUGUGCAUCUGUUUGUGUGUACAUAUGUGUCUACCUUUUAGAAUUUAGGUAGGGCAUUUUUCUAGAUCCAUAACAAUCUAUGCAAAUAAAAAGCACAUAGACACUAUUAUAUAGAUAGCUUGUCUCAAAACGAAGCUCUGCAUUUACUGCCGGGUCUCCAAUUUCACGUGGAGCGGGUCUCCCUGUCUGGUUAAGUGGCUGGCUUGGGAAAAAAUAUUCAUUAACAAGAAGGGCAUGCAGCCACUAGUCUACUGUAUGAAGAUUGGAGGUUUCAGUUCUGUUGUUGUUAAGGAAUAAUUUCCUCGGCAGAGAAUAAUGACAUACCACCUAAAACCUCCCAAAAUCAUCUGUGAUUCCCAUAGAAAUACCAGGCAGUAGCAAAGUAUGCCUUGUCUGUUAUGGCUAAUUUGAGGACCAGUAUUGUCAAUAUGUAAAACUAUCUGAAUGGGCUUUAUGAGAGGAUGGAAGAAGGCCAGCAGUAGGUUAGAUAAGUGAUCCAUCUUCCUGGAGAACAUCCUCACUUAUCAUAAACUGAGUGAGGAUCAUUGGAGCUGUAGUUCAGGGACAGCUGUUGAGUGUGCUUACACCACAUCUCCAAUAUCUCGUCACUAAGCAGAACAUACUCAACAUACAGUCUCCAUAAAUUAAUGUUUAAAUAUUUACUUUAAUUUUCUUAAACCCUCUUACUGUUUACCUACACAAUAGCUUUUGUAGAGAUGAACGUAGCCUGGUGUCCUGUCUGCUUUUUAGAAAAAAAUCCCUUGGGUUAUCCACACCACAUGAUAGCUUGGCACCAUUACUGGCUCAGAUUAGCCAGUGCCUUGAAGCACAGUUUGCGGGUAUAUACUGAGAAAAGAAUUUGCUAUUCUAGGCAGCCUGGACGCAGAGUUUGGUGCUUUGAUCAUCGUAAACCUAUCCUUGAGUAUAAAUAAUAUCAGGGUUCCUCCAUCUGGUGGGAAUUAAAGGCAAUUAGACAUGUCCUGAUCUGCACAGAAGAACAAACCAUAACCUUCCAGUUAAUUCUUCCAGUACUUGUAAUGACUACAAUUCAUUGCAUUCCAGUUAAGUAGGGGUUAAAAUGCAUACAUUGUCUAACAAGAAAAAUCCGCUUUGAUUCCAUCAUGUGAAUUUUGAAAUAAAUUGGUGUACAAUAAUAACAAUGAAUGCCAGUAAUAAUUGUAAUAUAAUAACAAAGUUAUUCAGUAAUAUAAUUAUGAAGAUGAUAAUAAACACACACUUCUUAUAUAAAUAAAUGGGCAGAAAAAGGGUCUACGGAAACAAUGUAAGGCAAACACAACUCUGUUAAAUGCUGCCUUACGUUUAUAUAAUCCAUAGUGAACCGACUUAAAUGUUGGUGGCGAGAUUUACCGUGUAACUGGCGGCAGGUGAUGGAAAAAGUAAAUUGUGGGGUUACACUGAAAUCCGUGUUGCCAGAAUCAGGCGAUUCUAUAUCUGUGAGAUCGGUAAGAAACAGGAUGCAUAUGCUUUUUGCAGGAUGCUUAUUGCGCGUAUGUGAAUAUAAUGCUCUAUCGCAGUAUGUAGUAUUCAUAAGAAGGAAUAAACACAAAUGAUUAGUUACAGUAGGAAAUCUUAGUAAAAUAACACAAUUAUAUUGAUUUUUCUCUUGCAAGGUGAAAAUGCUGCUCACAGCUUUUUAUGCAAGAUUAUGCAUAGUAAUCUUGCAACACUACCGAAAAAUUGUAUUGAAAAAGCUAAAAGAAAAUCCUCAUAGCAUUUACACUAAUAAUUUAUUACAAUACAUUAGUUGUUUCAUUUAGGCAAACAUUAACUAAUUAAUGCAGCAAGAGUAUUCGUCUCCAUUCACUGGACACAAUCUACAAACUCAACAUACAGGCAGUGGCUGACUUUGAAAAGUCUAUGAAACCUUCACUCUUGGGUACUGGGUUACACUGCCAAUAACGUGCUAGAGACCUUUCAUGUAACCUGUGAUUAUCAAUCCCGUGUUGAUUUCUCUUCUUUUGCUUUUACCAGAAAUCACAAAAAUAAAAGUGAAAUAGCAGUUAUAGGAAAAAUUCAACAGGAAGCUGGAAAUUAGUUAAAGUGUUACUCCAAGCACCAUGACCACUUCAGUGAUUUGAAAUGAUCAUGAUGCCUGGAGUCUGUACGUACAGUGUUUCAAUAUGAAUCAGAUAUUUAGGUGUAACUCCACCCCUGGCAGCGUGGUUAGCAUGUCAGUUCUAGUUAGUUCUGAGCAAAUUCUGUGCACAUCGUGAGUGUCAUUCAGUGGCUGGGAGUGCUCAGCUGAUGGAAUGAAUGAAAGCCAGGAUCAGCAUUUGGCUACUGCAGCUCUGCAGAAGCCUGAUGUGCUUGAAUAGCUUCCGAGGGAGGGGACCAGGUACCUAUCUGGUCCCAGGUAGGAGGGCUAACCGUUUACUCCAUUAUCUGGGAACAGCACCAGGUACUCCUGACAUCAUAACCACUACUCCAGGCUGUAGUGAUAAUAAGGCUUGGAGUAACCCUUUAAAAUAAAUCUCUAACUUGUGGCUUUCUAUGUUUGUGCAGUUAUAGUGAAACCUUGACUAUUCAUAUCACUUAAUAUGCAUAUACUAUUAAAAUAUAUUUGCAAAAGGAAAAAUGGAUAAAAUGCAAGAUUUGGCUGUAACAUUGCACCAGUCAUUUAUAUACUAAGCAGUGGUUAUGGUCUGUUUACUCGUGUCCUACUACAUUACCUUGUGAAAUACAAAGCUUGUUCUGAGCAGAACGCGUGGAGAUUCAUUUUACAAAUCAAGGAAUAUGCUCCUAUCUCAAGAUACUUGGAAGCAGAAUAAUAUUAUUUAACCGUAAUGUGCUGAUAUAUCCUGCAGGGAUAGCAGUGGGGUGUAACGCAGUAACAAUAAACACGAACAUUAAGAUGCACUGCUACAGCAAGUAUUAGGGCAUUGCUCUGUGGAGAUUGCAGUCCAAGGAAGAUAUUAAACUCUUCUAUUACAGAUAAUCGUAAUAUUAAAAAACACUCUGUAAAUCAAAACGAAUACAAUAUUUAAUAACAAUAGCAACAGUGUUUUGCGCCACCCCCAGUCCGUUCUAAAUGCUGGCCUGUUUUAUUAAACCUCCCUAGAGCUUGCCUGUCCUCAGGUCUCUUUGAGUGUUUUAUAGCCGCACCAUGAUUAGUCCAUAAUUCAGAUUUAUGAGUCUAACUGCUCACGUAUACAGAGCAAGCAGGCAGAGCGUUGUUAAAAUAACCAUCAAUGCAUCACAAUCACCCAAAUUAGACAUGCAGACAGACACACAGGAGUUCUAUUAACUCUCACAUUUACACACAGUAUUAUAUGGUUACACAUGCACGCUCACACACAUUCACACAUUCAUUAGCAGUAAUAAGUAGACGACAUGCAUUUCUCCAUUUACAAAUUCUCAAGCUUUAGCUUCCAUGAGCAAACGAAUAUAUAUUAUAAACAGGGCUCAAAAAUUCCACUUGCUCACCUGGUGAAUAGAAAUUCAGCCCUGACAAGUGUGCCAUUGACCCUCCAUGCAGGAUUCUCAGAUUCUUAGUAUUGUUUUGAAACUUAUUAACAGUGGCUGCACGGCUGCCAUCAAGAAUAGGACUAAACAAUGGAGCAGCAGGGUACUGGCACUUUACUUCACUUGCUGCCAUAAUCAGCCUGCAUACCAUCAGACAGGCGGACUGACUGAUAGGGGAGACAGAUCUGAAGUAUAUUCCUUAAUUUUGAGUCCUUUAUAUUAUAGUAAUUUAUUAGCAUUAAUAGCUCAUAUUUAAUAUUUUCAUAUCUAAUUUCAACAUUUCAAUAAAUCUUUUAAAAUGCACAUAUUCCUUUGAUGAUCCAAAUUAUGCAUUAAAGGACCACUAUAGGAACCCAGACCACUUCAGCUCAAUGAAGUGGUCUGGGUGCCAGGUCCUACCAGUUUUAACUCUGCAGCUGAAAACAUAGCUGUUUCAGAGAAACUGCUUUGUUUACACUGCAGGGUUAAUCCAGCCUCUAGUGGCCGUCUCCCUGACAGCCACUAGAGGCCGCUUCAGCGAUUUUCACUGAGUAAAUCACACUUAUCUGACACUGGACAUCCUCACAGAGUCCAGCGUCAAAUAAGAUCCCAAAUAGGAAAGCACUGAGUAAUGCUUUCCUAGGGGCAGGUUUGAAUGCACGUGCGCUUUCAGCACCGAGGGAGGGGGGCCCUGAGGGGAGAGAGGCUCUCCAAGAGCCUAUAGUGCCAGGAAAACUGGUUUGUUUUCCUGGCACUAUAGGAUCCCUUUAAUCUCAACAUUGAUACUUACUUUCUCGACUGCCUUUCCUAAAGGGACUUUUCCUAUUUAAAAAAACUCCUAGCACCAUAACCACUAAAAAAUGAUGUAAAGGUUAUGGUGCCAGGAGUGCCCGUGUCCAUUGUAAAUAGUCAAAACAUUUUAGAAUAGUUUGACUUAGUGGCUAGGGUCCACCUGACACUGCUCCCAUGCCUCCACAAAUGGAGACCUGGAAGCUUUCUGUCUGAACUAAGCCGGUGGUACAGGGUUUAGGUCAUUGGCUGAGGGUGAUCAGCUGAUGCUCUCAGCCAGUGAGCUAGUCCUGCACUGCGAGGCUUAGUUUAGGAGAAUUAAUGGACACUCCUUCUAAGGGAAGACAGGGAGCGGCCCCAGGUAAAUCCAUUCUAAAACUGCACCGUUGUGGUUAUAGUUCCUGGAUUGUUCCUUUAAAUAUCUGUUUGUACCCAAAUAAAACAAACUUGUACUUCAUAGAUCUGUUAAUUGUAUGAUGAUUUUAGGGACAAUGCUAGUAUUUCAUAAUCCACAUAUUAGAUGCUCCUAGCUGUUGUUCCAGUCAUAGGUCUAAAAUAAUCUGCUAGCAAUAAUGUAAAAGCAUUGUUUGUUGGCAGACUAUGAUCUAACUACUGCCUCAAUGUUUACACUAUUUAUAUAAAUAUAAAAGUGUUAAUCAGUACCAGGGUAAACACUGCAAUGUCUGAUAAAUUUCUUAAUGGCAUAAUAACUAUUAAUUAGAGAAUAUACAGAUAUAAUGUAUGCCUUUCCCAUAUCUAUCAGGGUAACUUAUUAAAAUCUAAGUUGUCAUUAAUUCAGUGUGAAUUUCAGGCAAAAUAUAAAGAGCGGAAAUUUCCUCCGUUUUAACAAUGUUUUCUGUACAAUUUUGCUUUGAAGUCCUGGCAAUUCACCCUUCAAUAGUUAACCUUUUUGAAAUUGUUUUUUGGUGCAGCAGCCUUAUUUGUAUAUUAACGAUCAGAUGUAAAAAGAAAGAUUAGGACAGUCCGCAAGCUUAUCAGUCAAAUAAACCACUGACUGUGGUUUAGGCCGUAGAAGCAUUUUAUGAUUUUUAUUAAUGUUCCUUUUAAUGCUAGACCCCUGAUUUUCUUAUCUGUAUGACUGUGACAUGGUAGAAUGCUUAAAAAGCAUGAAGUAGGGACUGCACACAUGUUGAAUAACACCCAAUAAUGGUAUAAUGGUACUCCAUACCCAAGAAAUGGUGAAUCUCCAAAUGAUCACUUGAAAGAAGUAAGUAGAGUCCUGGCAUACAGAUUUCCUUACAGUGCAGACUUAAUAGGAUCAAGAUCUCCAUGACAACGUUUCAUCAAAUGUAGUAGCCAUUUAUCAAGACUUGAUAAAGGCCACUAUGUUUUGCUAAAACGUCAUGGCAAUCUUGAGUACUUUCAAAUGUUAGAAAGCUCAAUGAAAUAUAAAUUAGACCAGUGGGAGCAAUCCUGGUGACAGUAUCACACUCAGUGUUUGGUCAGUCAAAAGUGGGAGGCAAAAUUAGGUGUCUGUUUAUAUUCAUUAUGUCUAGAUUAAUAUAUAUUACAGCCCCUGGAUGAUUUAUCUUGGCCAAAACCUAUUGGAUAUCCGGGUGCUAUUUAAAGAAGAACUCAUCAGUAACAUUGUGGAUAUCUAAUAUUGAAGAGAUAGUGGCUGGUAAUUCACCGACUUAAAGUGGACAGUUUUAGGAAGACACAGACUUGGGAAGUUGGAGGAUUUUUAUGAUUCUAGUGUUAGGGAGAUUUGGCAGAUUUGUAGUCUAAAGGAGUCACUUUCACAUAUUCAAUUGAUAUUUAUUUAAUGAUAUUCAUUCACAUAUACUGUAACAUUGCCAUUUCUGCAAAACUUCAAUGUUUUGCCCUGAACAGUUAAAUUGGACCGUUGCAACCAGGGACCAGGUGACCAAACUGGUCCUUGAACCCCUUCCCAACUGCGGACGUACCAGGUAUGUCCGCCAAAAAAUGGUAUGUCCACGGCAAACUAUGCACUUACCUGAUCGCUGGCUUCCCAGGCAGCCCCCCUGUGGCUGGUCCGGACCCCCGGGCCAUGUGUGAUUGCGGGGUGCUCGCGAUCACAUGGCCGGAAAAGCCAUGUACUUUUUUAUAUACACAUACACAAUCCAUUAUUCUAAUUGUGUUUUAAUAUUAAUAUAUAUAAUUAGUGAUGUCCUGAACGGUUCGCCGCGGACAGCGAACAUAUGCGCUGUUCGGUCCGCCCCCUAUGUCAUCAUUGAGUAAACUUUGACCCUGUACCUCACAGUCAGCAGACACAUUCCAGCCAAUCAGCAGCAGACGGCGAACCGUCACUAUAUAUAAUAUAUACACUUUGUAGGUUUAGCACUCCAGCUUCCCAGUCUUAUAGCCAGGUGCUAUAUAUAUAUAUAUGUGUAUAUACGUAUAUACACACACAUACACACUCUACAAAUAUAUUUAACUCUUAACUACAUAAUUAUUUGAUUUUAUUAAUUAUAAUUUGAGGGACCUACCUGACAACCCAGGCAGAUAGUCCAGAGAAUUUAAUUGGCAAGCCUAUAUUUAACAGCAGUAAAAUGUAAUAUACUGAUAAUAUCCUUGAUGAAAUGGCAGUUUAUGUGUGAAAAAAUUAAAAAAAACUAAUAUAAACACGAAUUUUGGCCAGGGCUUGUGACUAAGUGGCUACUAAAAAAGACUAGACAUACCCCAUUUUAAAUACCGUACGUUGUCUACCUUUACAAAUGGUAUGCCAUAAUGGGGUUAAUUUUUAUUCCUGUGCUGCCAUACGGUCUCAAAGGCAACAUAGGGCAAGCAGACCAAUCUGGCAAAUUUCAAUGUGCAAACAUGGAAAAGGGGAAAGCCUUACAUUUGACCUCUGUAAGUUUGCAAAAACCCAUAAAACCUUCACAUUGGGGGCACUGUUGUACUGAGGAGAUGUUGCUGAACACAUAUUGGGGUGUUCUUUGUCAGUAACACAUAAUAGAAACUGAGAAUCCAGGCCUAAAGUACAAUUUGAGAGAAAAAUAACACAAAAAAAUGACUACCCAAAAGUUUGACAAAGACAGGUGGUAGAAUUAGCGCAUGGCAAGUGUUAAAAUACCACUAUUUGAAAUACCCUAGGGUGUCUACUUUUAAAAAAUAUAGGGUUUGAUGGGGGUAAAUUACAUUGUCCGGCUUCAAAAAUGUCCCAAAUAGGACAUGGGUGCAUGAUGGCCAGCUGUGAAAAUCUCAAGUUCAAAACUGUAAUGCGCACCCUCCAAAUAAGUUCUUUUAGCCCCUAGAGAACUCAACACACCUAUAUAGGGGUGGUAUCACUGUACUUAGGAGAUGUUGCUGAACACAUAUUGGGGUGUUCUUUGGCAGUAACUCUUACAAUUUUCAGUACAUGUAUUCUUAAAUUGCUAUGUGUGUCAAAAUCACUAAUUAUUAUUAUUAUUAUUAUUAUUUUUUUAUUUUUUUUUUUAAUUUGGUGGUAAAAUGGUUGCAUGAAAAGAGUCACAAGCUUAAUACCUUAGGUUUUCUUCUUUUAAAAAAUCUAUACAUGUGAAGGGUUAUUCAGGGAUUCCUGACAGAUAUCAGUGUCAAAAUGUAACUUUUGUUUAAUUUGAACAAAAAAUGCUUUGGAAAUAGCUGCUUGUACUUAUUGCCCUAUAACUUGCAAAAAAAAGCUAAUAACAUGUUAACAUUAAGUAUUUCUAAACCCGGGACAAAGGUUAGCAACUAUUUAGUACGUUUUGUUUUUUGGGGCGGUUGGAGAUGCAAAACAGAUUUUAGGGGUCAAAGUUAGAAAAAGUGUGGUGUUUUUUUCAUUUUUUUUCAUCAUAUUUUAUAAUUUUCUUUUAUAGUAAAUGAUAUCUUUAGAAAGGCCAUUUAAUGACGAGAAGACGGUAUAUAAUAUGUGUGGGUACAGUAAAUGAGUAAGAGGAAAAUUUGAGCUAAACACAAACACCGCAGAAAUGUAAAAACAGCCCUGGUCCUUAAUGGUAAGAAAAUUGAAAAAUGGCCUGAUCACUAAGGGGUAAUAUUUGAUAGCAAAAGUGCUUUUUGUUCUGAAAAUGCCUGUUAUCUGUUAAUUUAUUAUAUACGCAAUGGAAUGUGACAUAAAUAGGUAAGCGACAAAUUAAUAACCAUUUUAUCGGUCUUUAGUGAAUUGCCCUGUACAUGUUUAAAUUAGAACUUGUUUUAAUAAAUAGCUCCUAGAGAGCUUAAAUGGAUUAUCUAUUUUUUUAGUCUCUGUUUAUUAUGACAAAAUAAUUGUAGCUGUAUUCACAUGAAUAUACUUGUGCUCUGGGAUUCAAUAAAACUUGUUCGGUGACACAAGAGCGUGUUCCUGAGCAGCAAAUACAGAAGGAAGAGAGAUAAAUGCUGUGAUGUUGUUUAUAAAAAUGUCAAGAACAGUAUUUCACAGCUUCUGCAGCACAGAAAAAGUAAUUACAUAGACCAAUGCUAAGAAUUAAAGGAACUCUCCGGCAAUUAAAAUGGAUAAUUUUAUUUUGCAUGAUGCCAUUAUAUAUCAUUUUUAAAAGAAGGAAGGGAAGAAAUACAAGCAUCUUCAACAAGGAACGAAAACUUCCUGAAACUCUCAUGUCCAGAUUUAAUUACAUAGUUUUGCACAUCAUCAGUCUUAUAUGAAAGUAAAAUAAACAGCAUGAUCCAUAAUGUUUCCCUAAUUAUCUCAAGGUUAUCAGGCUUUUGAAGUGGAUCCCUAUUUCUUUGUUAGCACCCUAUAGGUUUCUUUUAUACCUAGCCUGCAGUGUUCGGCCCAGCUUUUUCUAGUAUCAUUUGUGAAAGUCCCCAGUUCAAUACAGCAAAACAUGACUGCUUUCUUUUACAAUUCCAGUAGGAAAUUCUGAUACAGCUGUUUGUUUUCCAUAAAUCUCUUCAUCACGCAGGAUUAUGGGAUAUUUACAGCUUUCUCACAUCUUUCUGCUGAAAACUGUACUGUGACUUUCCUGUGGUUUUAUAUAAUGCAUUAAUUAAACUAUUGUGAAAGUUAAUAAAAGAUACCUGUGAAUCAUAUUAAUCUGUGUCAUUUCAUUAUUUUUUUCCCCCAUUAAUGAAACCACAACCACCAGGUCUGAGUAAAUCAUGCUCAGCUUUGCUAAGAGAGCUUCAUAUCCAAUAAAAUUCCACAGGCAACCCAUGUGAAGACCAGGAUUGGGUGAAAGUUAUUACCCAUCUCCUGAUUACUGGAUACAAAAAAUCCUAGUGAUUUGCAGUGCUUAAAUAUUUAUUACAAGCACCAUGACCUCAUCAGUGGUGCACAUACAGAGUGUAACCCCUCUGCUUCCAGCAGUAUUGCUUAAAGGAAUACUUUAGGAUCAGGAACACAACAUGUAUUCCUGACCCUCUAGUGUUAAAAACACCAUCUUGCCCCCUAAAUAUAGUAAAAUCAUAUCUUUAAAAUUUAUAGUAAAGUAUAGUAUAGUAAAAUCUUUCCAGUCUGCUACUGCUGGUUCUGCCCCUGAUCUGCCUCCUUGACUGACAUCAUCAGAAGUGGUGAUCUCAGCCAAUCACAAUGCUUUUCCAUAGGAAAGCAUUGGAUUGGCUGAGAUUGUCAAGGAGACAGAUCAGGACAGAGCCAGCACAAGCCAAACACAGCCCUGGCCAAUCAGCAUCUCCUCAUAGAGGUGCAUUGAAUCAAUGUAUCUCUAUAAGGAAAGUUCAGUGUCUCCGUGCAGAGGGUGGAGACACUAAAUGUGCAGCACUGCCCCAUGAAGCACCUCUAGUAGCCAUCUGAGGAGUGGCCACUGGAGGUGUCCCUAGCCUGUAAUGUAAACACUGCCUUUUCUCUGAAAAGACUGUUUCCUGUAAAAAGCCUGAGGGACUGAUUACUCACCAGAACAAAUACAAUAAGCUGUAAUUGUUCUGGUGACUUUAGUGUCCCUUUAACAUCCAACUGGGUCCUUGAGGAAUCAUUAGCCAGCCCGUAACGCAAGAUUUACUGGUGGAUAAUGUGAAUUUGGUGCAUAUUUGACAGCUGGCAUUAUCACAUAGAGCAUGCGGUGGCAGACAGCCAAUGGAGGCAUGCCUUCCACCUCCUCUGUGCCACCCAUAUCACCCUUCCUGACCUACCUCUCCUUUUGGCGAGAUGGUGUGAUGUCAGUCAUGGAAGAUUGUGUGGUGCAGAUUGUUGUAAUUGCUCCCAUCUGGUCCUUCGCAAAGGGAAUGACUUAGCAUUACCAUGGUAUCCCAGCAGGAGUGCUGGGCCUGGGAUGGAGCUGACACAAAAGGAGCAGACCACAUUCUCCCUAUGUACAGUAAUCAGAUGCAGGGUCACAGAGUGAGAUAAUUUGACUGCUGUUAAAGAGGAAGGAUUCCACCUCUGCUACUCCUUGCCCAUGGUCCCGUGGGGUACGCAUGCCACGAGUUGAGAAACAGGAGUGUUGGCAUUUUAGAGGACCAGUGUGUUAUCUAUUUAUAUACCUGGAAAUAAUAAAUGCAUAUAUAAUGCAAAAAUAGCAAACUGGGUCAUAAAAGUCAUCUCAUUUGCUUUUUCAUUAUCUAAUGUUUUUCAUAGUAAACAACUAAAAUAAUUAAUAUUUUUCUUCUGUUACAAAAAUAGUUUAAUUAGGCAUUUAAGAAAAGGUUUUCUGUACUGCAAUUUUUUGAGGUUAGGAAAAAUGUCUAACUCCUUUUAUAGAUACAUAAAAAUACAUUUCCAUUUUACACACAAUAUGCAAUGAUUCCCUUAAAUUAAUCUUCAACCUUCACUGCAUGUUUCUUGUUUUGUUGUUUGAUAUAUGUAUUUUUUUCCCGUUUUCUGCUGUUCAGAAAGCAGAUCCCAAGAAAGAGUUUCAGUGUCUGGAAGAUUAAAUGUCCCCUUUCAACAUUGUUCAAAUACCACGAGAUUAGUUUCCAUGGAGACCAGACGGUUGCCAUAGGCACUAGAGGCCCAGGAAUUAGGAUUGCGAUAUUUUAAAAAAAAUAUUUUUUUUAAUCCAGUCACGCACACAAUAGCUAAACUGUGCUAAGGCUCUGUGUUUGAAUAAUAUUCCUGCGUGUUGAUACAUGCAAAUCAGUCAUUAUACCAUCAAUUAAUGCAUCACUUAUUGAUUAGAAAAUAUGCAUGUAGGGCAUAAAUUGCUGUUGUGUUAAUUACAAUUUAUUAAUAUGUUUUUUUGUCAUUCUCAUUUUUGUUCAGGUGAGUGCACAAAAUACAAGGUAUGCAAUACUUAAACAAGUGUCAAGCAAAUGGUCAUAAUGAAAGUGUAUAAAAUUGAUUAAGGCACUUUUUUUUUUUUAAAAAGAAGAAAUAAUCAGACAAAUCUAUAAAGGGCAUGCAACAUAAAACAAAAUAGACUAUAAUCAAAAAGAAAAGAAAAUGUUCUUGAAGAGCACUGAGUGAAUAGUAGUCUAGUGGUUACAUAGAUGCAAGACUAAAUGUAACCAAUUGACCAGUAAACCCUUUUAUCAGUGUUGAACUAACGGUGCUUAGUAAUGAGUAUUGCAAAAAUGGGAUCAUUCAUUCAUAAUUCAUAAUGCAAUAUAUAUAAAAUUAAUAGAACAGCAUAAAAAGCAUAAAGGAAUGAAAAGCACCAGAAAAAAAGGAUCACCCGUUGCCCCAUUUGCCUAUUAUUCAAAUCUCCUAGCUAACACCUGUCAACAUUUUCUCAACCAACUAGAUGUGCAGAACAAGAGGCUUACUUACAUAGGCUAACGGUAUCUCACUGUAACACCUGUGAUUAAAAGCAACAACAACACUCUAUAUAUAGGGUUUUAGCUCAGCACUUGCACUACACUGAGCACAUCACUAUGCACUAGUAGGGAAUUUCUCUUCCCCCUACGUUCUUUACCUGCACUCUUGUUUGUUAGUUUGGCGAUGUAACUUCUAACUUGGAGUACAACCAAGAGGUGUGAUCGAUAUAGGGACAUUUAGUUACAGACCUUAGAGAUCGCUUUAGCUCAGAACACCCAUGAAGGUGUUAAUAGGAGACUGUAGGGAAUUAGCAUAGCAGUGCUUGUAGCAGUUUCCCCAAUGCAAUAUUGUAUCGAUGGUUAAAACGUUACAUACUUUCUGCCCAUACCCUUCUAGGAGGAACUGUCUACAGAAGUUUCCCUAGUUAUGCUCUCUCUACUUAGGCUAUCCAAUUCAUAAAAGGUUUCCUUAUUUAUUACUUUUUCUGUCCAUCCACCUCAGAUAUUUUCAAGGAAUUAUUCGAACACAUUUAUUAAUUGUGCUUUUACGGAAGGCUCUUAUUGCACUUAUAUUAUACCUUUAUAGCAAUGAUCAGCCGUUAGCUUUUACCCCUGUGGUCCAGUUAAGGUGAAAUAGCAUUUUAUAGCACUAUUAUGAGGGUUAUUGUUAUUAUAGUAUCCUUUUUUGAUAGAAAUUUAAUACAGUUGUUUUUCUGAGGAGACUUAUCUUUACAUAACCCCCAAGUAGUUUAUGUGCCUAUUCCUUGUAUAAAUACAUAAUUUUUUUUAUUAUGUUUGACCUCCAAGUCAGUUUAUAAGGUAUCUUUUGAUGAUGUAAUUGUGUUCAUUUUUUCAUUUAUACCAGCUUCUGGGAGCCCCCUUCAGGGUUGCUUUCCCAUUUAUUGUUCUUUGGCAUCUUUGAUUUCAACUCUAUAUCUGUUGAAUGCAUCAAAUUAUGGACUCUUGAUUAGUUACAUGGAAUAAAAUAGUAGAGUACAGUCAGUGACUGUUUUGACUAUAUCAUGGGUCUACUACAAGGGUCACAGCAGAGACUGUUGUCUUCCCAGCAUGUGAUCAAAUGGCAUGUAUCUAAAAGUAAGAAAUAAUACCAUUCGGGAAGGGUCACUUGAACUGUAUGCAGACUCUAUGUGCAGUGGCCAUCUUGUGACGGCAUCACUGUUUUUUUAAUUAUGCGCCGGUAUCUGAGCUUAAUAAAGUCUACUAUGCCAUCCUGUUACUCAGCACCUAUUUCUUGUGUAAUAUGAAAAGACAUAAUAAAACUUGUUUCACAUUACAAUAUCUACUUUUGAUAUAACGCUUUUCAUUAAUCUCCGUGCAGAUUCAGUUUAUAUUUCUGUAACUCAAAAUCUGUAUGUUACAACUCUGUUAGUAUUCUGAUUAUUACACAAUACAAUGUUGCACAACACAAGUUAGACUUUUUGGAUCCUGAAAAUUAAUCAUUAUCUUUUCACAGUGCAACUGAUCCUGUGAUAAAAUCCAAAAAUAUAAUAAGCUUGACGCCUUUCAUGAAUAUUUAUUUUUCAUUCUGCUGGUUGACAAAGGGGAAUCAGGUGUACACACCAAUGUUCCAGACAAACACACAUAAAAUGAGAUUAGUGAUGACACACCACGCCACAAUUCACAAUUUGAAAUGUUUGUUUAUUUUGUCCCAUGUGCCAAGGUGACACGUUACUAUUCACUCUCACACCUGUCAAUGUGGUCCUUUUGUAAAGAGCUGUACUCUGAGGGGAAGUAACCUAGAAACGUUAGAUUUUUAUCUUUAUAAAAAAAACAUCAACCAGUGCUUUUGUGUUUUGGCUGGAAGUCGGCAAAUGAAGAAGGCAUUUCAGUUGUAAUACUGGCCUGACCCCUGCUUGGAAGUACAGCAGCUGUUGCUGUAAUUAAUAUAUGGGUCACUGUGUAAGUUAUGUGAAACAUCAUGUUCUCGUCAAGACUAUGUUAACUAACGAUAUGCAGUUUUAAAAAUAUUGAUCAUGAGUGUCCACAGAGAGUUACUGCCAAAUGAAGAAUCUGGAUAUCACACCAGGUUUACUGUGCUUUUGCCUACAACUAGCCCACUGAGCCACUGCAUCUAGGACUUUACCUAGUGUGUUUAGACUAAAAUAAUUCCAUAUUAUUUGUAUGCUGUCUUUGUAACCUACCUCACUUAUAGAUUGACUAUUGUGAUUGACAUUCCCUGUGCCUUAUCCUGGAUUCUUACUCUGGCCUCGCUUUGGCCUCGAUUUUAAUAUUUUUUGAUAGGCUUUUCAUAUGAUUAAAUUUUUUGGGAUAAACUUUUAAAAUGAGUUAAUAUUUUGAAAAGUAUAAAUAUUUUAAAAAAUGUUAAUUUAAGAGAGGUAGACGUAGAAAUACAGUGUACAAAUUAGACAGAAUAGGCACCUAACAUGUUAAAUUAACUAUGUAUCAUAAAGAAGAGAGUAAUUAAAUAUUAUGCUAACUAUAAAAUAUAUAUGAUAUGUUCUGCAGUUGAGUUUUUAAAUACUUUAAAUACAAAACUUUUUUUUCUUACUGUGUUUACUAUUGAGCCAAUAUGUACCUGUAUCAAAAUAUGUUGUAUAUAUUUUUUGAUAAACAGAGGUAGGAGUAAGAAAAAAAAAUAAUAGAAGAAGGAAAAGGAGAGGAAGGAGGGGAGGAAAAAGUUACCGCCACGCACAAUAUACCCAGAGAGUUAAUUACAGCUAUUAUAAAAAUGAUUGGAGGUCAAUUCUUUACAGGGAAACCAUACUUUAGACAGUGCUGUGUGUUAAUGGCUGAUCUUUAAAGUCAGAUCUUCCACCACACUGUCUCUGAUUUUUGUAAUAACAACUUGCAAUGUCAGUGUGUCUGUUUUGAGACAUCCGGCUCCAGGGACCCUAUAGGCUGCUAGUGUGAUUAAAAUUUUAAAAAUUUGAAUAUGUUUGGGAAUUCCCUCAAUCGGGCGAGACAAGAGGAAGGUCCAUGGAGAGAGAUCAAUCAGUCACUAGAUUAUUUAUGCUCUUCCAGAGGCCAUAUCAUUUUUUGGCAGUUCCACCAUAUGUGUAGGUAUGUACCUCUGUGACCACAAAGUCGCCAGCAGAGGUCUAUUAGACUUUUACCUAUUCUAUGUAACCAAACUGGGGUUGUGUGCCAUCUGAAUAGAAUUUUAAACAUCUGUUCUUGAGAUAAUACACAGAUCAAGAUUUGUUGUGGCUGCUUCCCAAAUUUCUUCCCACUCUCCUCCUUCUAGGGUCUCACCCAAAUCUGUUUUCCAUUCAUUGAUAUAUCUUAGUGGUCACAAUAUUGGGGGUUCUUUGCUUAGAUGUGUAUAUUUGAGGGAGAUGUGACCCUUUUUGUAUUUUUCCUCAUUACAUAAUAGUUCAAAGAAUGUGGGAAGUGAUAUUGCUACUUUGGUCGUUAGGUGUCUGAUCUGUCUCUAGUCUUCAAAUUCUAUAAUUUUUACUUUCUGGCUAUAGAUGGAUAUAUCUUAGGAUACCUGCCUCUUCAAGAUUUCUAAUGUCAUGUGGUCUCAUGCCUGGGGUAAAAAGUUUGUUGUGGAGGGUUGGAGUCAUUGGAGAUGGAGAAUGUGCUAGUUCGAAUUUGGAUCUCAACCUAUCCUAGAUAUAUAAGGAAUUCAGGAUAGAAGAGCAAGAUAUAUGUAAAGGUGUCCUUGAGGGCUUUUCCAGCCAUAUAUAAAACAAAGCUAGAUCCCAUAAGGCCUGUCUCCACCCACUCUGAUCCACCAAUAGUUUGUCUCCAGCAGGGGUAUGCUACAUUAUAAUUUGGGAUAGUUGUGAGGCAAAAUAGUAUAUGAGAAGAUUUAGAUGACCCAAACCACCCCAAUUUCUAGGUCUGUAGAGAAGGUUUCUAGCUAGUCUAUGUCGUUUCUUCAUCCAUAUGAACUUGCUCUUUGUAAGUGGUCUAAAUCCCCUUUGGUGACCCUGAUAGGUAAUGCUUGAAAUAGAAAUAGAAGUCUGGUAGAAUAUUCAUUUUAAUACAGUGUAUCCUUCCUAUACAGGAUAUGUGUUUAGUCUGACAUCCCUUUAAUUCAUUUUUUUUAGGGUGUCAACUAAAAUGGUUCUAAUAUGGCUCUAAAAUGAUCUAACAGCUGAAAAAGAGCAGAGAAUGAUAGACUGGAUUUGACAAUGGAUAGUAGUACAUCAUCUGCUUAAAAAUUUAAAAAUAUUUAAAAACAUAUUUUUUAACUUGUAUUUUACUUAGUUUUUAUGAUAAGACAUCUAGCACAAGGAAAUCAGCUAAAGCCGAUGUUACAGAAUGUAGAAAAGGUUAGAUAUCAUGUAAUGUGGUAAACACAGUGCAGAUAUACAUGGCUGCUUUACAUUGUACAAAAACCCGAAAGCAAAUUCCCCUUUAUUAUACACCCUGGCUUUAAUUCCCCAACUACAACAGUGCCCCUGGUAUUUGAAGUGUGUUUGACUAAAAGUCAGCAAGUGACAAAGUUGUUUUGGUGACUGUAGUGUCCCUUUAAGAUUAGGGUUGAAAUUCCGAUUAUGUUUAGGAAUGAGUUUAAAGGAAUACCAUAGGCUCAGGAACACAAACAUGUAUGAAGCCCCACUUUUCCCCCUAUAUAUAUAUAUAUUAAAAUCUUACCUUUAUUCCAGUCUGCUGCUGCUGGCUCUGCCCCUGAUCUUCCUACUUGGCUGGCAUAAUAAGAAAUGGUGAUCUCAGCCAAUCACAAUGCUUUUCCAUUAGCAUAGUGAUAGAGAUAACAAAUGUGGAGUAUUUUUGUAUAUGCAGGAUUACCCAAGCUUCUCACCACUUGCAUGGUCAAAAUUAAUAAGUACACAGUAGAACCAGCAUAGUGUGAAUAAGAAUUAGGUUUAGAAUAAAUUAAUCCAUUACUCUGAUUAGUGAGAAAUAUCAGGAUUUUGUAGGGGGUAUUAUAGGCAAGCAUGUCUGGGGGCGUAUUCACUAAACAAAGGAACUAUGCUAUACUGACAGACAAAUUGCACAUUUUAGACUAAAUAGCAGAGCUGGAAAAAUUCUACAAGUCUAGAAAGCUAUUUUUCAUCUUCUCUAUUUGUGGAUUUAAUUUGAAGUUCUCUUAUCAUUUCUUAUAAAUUCUUAGUUUAGUCUAUAAACUACAUAAUGUAUAGCUUAUGAAGACUGUUUUCAGGAUUUAUUUAAUGUAAGCCAAGCAAACUAUAUUUGAUUUAAAUUUACAUGAUGUAAAAAUCUGAGUUUGGCUAUUCAUUCGGUGCUCUUAUGGACAGUGACAUUUCACAUCCUUGCAACCAUUAAGCCUUUAUCCCUGGAGACUAAGUAUUAAACUGGCUUUGUGCUAUGUUGCUAGGUCUAGUUUGGCACAGCUGUGAGACUCUGCUGCCAGUGUAUGCUAGUUAGCCUUAAUUUUUAAAUGACUAAAUCUUAUUUUAAUUUUCUGUGCAGUGCCUUUGAAUUCUGUGGGCUGUCUGUAUAUCUUUAAACUCAAUUUAAUGUAAUUAAAAUCCCAGGUGAGACUAUGGGAUGUGUGUUUUUAGAAAUAGGCAUCUUUUGUAAUGCAAAUUAGAGUGUGGAUGAUAACGUAAAAAAAAAAAAAUCCCUUUUCAAUAACCUUUGGGUGUUUAAAUGCAUGUUUUGGCUGCGGAGAUUAAAUAAUUCUUUUUAAUGAAUUGACUACCUCCUCAGUUGUAGUCACACCAUGCUGCUCAAUGAUUUAAUGGCUGGUUAGCACAUGAGUGUGGCAAUUCUCUAUGGUAGCAAAUUGAAAGCCACCCCAUUUAGUGUUUACUUGUUUUUAUUUUACAUAAAUGGGAUGACGAGCUAGUUUCCAUUGAAUAGUAUUGUGGUAGCUUUGUGUUUAUAUUCGAUAGCUUAUAUAGCAUUUUUAGGGGUAGUGAUUCUGUAACUGGAAAAUGUGGUAGUGUGCCCAGGGAAUUACAAAUCGCAAUAUAAAGUGUCCAACUGCAUGGUAAGCUGAGAUCAUAGGCACAUUCACUGAAAUUCAAGUAAAGCAUUUUUGAUAGAGGAGCUACGUCUGGUUCAUUGAGAAUAUUCUAUUCUGUUCCGUUACGUUCACUCACUGAACUCUGCUGGCAGUUGAAUCAGAUGACAGCUGGAUAUGUAACCACUGCUACAGAUGUCGGUUUACAACAUGUGAUAGGAAAGCCACAAGAUAUUCUCUUAAUUUCACAGGGUGUAUUUUACUUCUUUCAUUUUUUUUUCUCAGUCUAAAUCAGUAUUAUGACAUUAUUAAUGUUGUAAAAUCUUGUAGGUAAAUAUCUGAUAUUAUGUGACAUUGGAUGACUGAUAAUUUAUCUGUAACAAACACUUUUAGAUGUGACGAGGUUUGUUUUUAAAAGUGUGGAUCUAUAUGUUUAUCAUUCUAAGUUUGCCCUUUUGCAGUGUGGUUUGGGACACCUAACAGCAUUUUGUGUCUGAAAAACCUCAAAAGAAAAAAAAGAUUGAAGACGGAAUAAUAUGUUUUGUUCACUUGGCAUUUACUACUAUAUCAUUAAAAAACAACCAACAAUAUUGUACCUUAUACACCUUAAUAUAUAUGCAAAAGAUACUUAUCAAACGAAGAUGAAUACAGCCUCCCUCAGAUCGCUUCCCAGCUAGCGAUCAACUUGACAGCAAAAUGUAGAAAAAACAACGAGGGAACCGGCUGAUAAUCUCUACAAAAGUAAAUAGAAUAUAGUGUAAUACAGUUUACAGUAUAGACAUUGCGCAAAUUGAAAUGCACUCACUGGAUUUUGGACAAAUUGAAGCUUGUAAGGUGCCUUCCCCGAUAGUAGGGGGGGCUAGGGAAAUCCCCUGGAUAUUUUCACUUAUUUUAUUCUUUUUUAUACUUAUUUUAAUAUUUUUCAAACUUCACCCGGAGUCCUGUGUUGGAGUGAAAAUAUCCAGGGGAUUUCCCUAGCCCCCCCUACUAUCGGGGAAGGCACCUUACAAGCUUCAAUUUGUCCAAAAUCCAGUGAGUGCAUUUCAAUUUGCGCAAUGUCUAUACUGUAAACUGUAUUACACUAUAUUUUCUCUAUUUACUUUUGUAGAGAUUAUCAGCCGGUUCCCUCGUUGUUUUUUCUACACUACUAUAUCAUUGCUGUACUAUACCACACAGCCUCUCGUUUACUCGAUAAUAGACGUUGAAGUAUGUUUAAGUGCAGGAAACUGUGGGGUAAAAAUUACAAUGUUUUAAUGCAUUAUAAAAAAUAAAUAAAAAAAUUACAAGAUCCUUUCUUUGAUAGAAUGUUUAUUGGGAGCUGCAGACAGACAACUAGAAAGAAAAGUCUUAUCACAUAAAACUCUCCACAGUAUCAAGUUUAUGGGAUAAGUAGUUUAUGAUCUCUCUCCGCCCAUCUUGACUCGUGUCUCUGACUGCCCCUCUUCGAUUUCCAACUAGAUGGCUGCUCACUUCCUUAAACUCAACCUGUCCAAAACAGAACUUCUGGUCUUUCCUCCCUCAAGUGUUACUACUCCCGUGUCUCCCUCCCUCCAAGUCAACGGGGCUACCAUCACCUCUACCUCGCAGGCUCGCUGCCUGGGUGUUCUCUUUGACUCCAACCUCUCCAUCACCCCUCAUAUCCAAUCAAUCAUCAAAUCCUGUCGCUUCCAUCUCAUAAACAUUGUGCGCAUCCGCCCCUAUUUAACCCAGGAUGCGGCUAAGGUGCUGGUCCAUGCUCUUGUUCUCUCUCGCCUUGACUACUGCAAUAUUCUUCUCAGUGGUCUUACGUGUUCCCAAAUUGCACUGCUGCAACCUAUAAUGAACGCGGCAGCGAGUUUCAUUUUCCUGUCCGCCCGCAUCUCUCACGCCUGCCUGCUCUUUCAGUCCCUGCAUUGGCUUCCAGUUAUAUAUAGGGCUCAAUUUAAAAUUCUGGUGCUUGCUUACAAGUCCCUACAUAAUGCUGCUCCAACCUACCUAUCCUCCCUAACACACAAGUAGGUCCAGUCGAGGCACCUAUGCUCUGCCAAAGACCUACGUAUAUCCUCUGUCUGUACUCCCACCUCUAACGCUCACCUCCAAGACUUUUCCAGGGCUGUACCUCUUCUGUGGAACUCCCUUCCCUUCUCCGUAAGAUUUUCACCCAGUCUCCACUCAUUCAAAAAAUCAUUGAAAACUCACUUCUUCAAGAAAGCAUAUCAAUUAAACUGUUAGCAGGUUUUCAUCCUCAACCCUCCAUGACUCCUGCAACUGUCAAAACUUACCUACUAAGCCCUCAAUGAAUACUUUUCUAACAACCUAUUUCGUACCCCUACUUUUACCAUUUGUGUCACUAUACCCCACUCCCUCUAGAAUGUAAGCUCAUGGAGCAGGGCCCUCCACCUCUCUGUUCCUGUACAUCCAGUUGACUGGUUACAAUUACAUGUCUGUUAGUCCACCCAUUGUACAGCGCUAUGGAAUCUGAUGGCGCUAUAUAAAUAAUAAUAAUCAUUAAGAGCAGUACCGCUUAUCAUAUAUGAUUAGUGGAACUGCACUAUAAACUGAUUGCCUUGCUUUGGCAUUAAAAGCUUGCACAUAGCUUGGCUCACUGUUUAGUGAGCUGCAAUCCAUGUCCAGACUGUGGCUAUCCUCGGAGGAGAAAGAGCUUAAACCAGGCUGCUCGGGUGGCGUGUCGGUGCCACAGGAAAAACUUGGAUAAAAUUGAUAUAGCCAGCCUGGUAACAAUGUUUCUGGCCACUGGAUUGACAUGAGCUGGAAAUGGAGUUACAUCCCGGAAAGAAAAUCAAUAUACUUUAUAUCUGAUCUGGCAGCUUUUCAGUGUGAAAGGCUGCACAGAUCAGAUCCUUGCUCUACAGCCAUUUAUAGAAUAAACUUUAAAGGCUUACUUCAAGGGAAAAUACAGUGUUUUAAGAAAACAAUGCUUUUUGUUUAGAGUAACCCUUUCCAUCCUAGAUUUCAUAGCGAAACGCUGCACAAACAGACUACAGACACCAUGACCAUAUCAAAUCACUUAAGUGGUUAUAGUGCAUGGAGUAACCUUUUUUUAAUAAAGGAAAUUUAAAAAAUAUAUAUCUUACCAUUACUAUUUUUAAAGAUGUUGUCUAAAACAUAGGUGCAUAUAGAUCAUUGCGAUUUGUGAGAUUUUGGUAAGGGGAGUAUUAUAGACAAUGUUUACACCAACGUAAACAUAGUAUUUUUUUAUAAGUGUGUUUAUGGGUGAUUGUAGUUUUAUUACAUUUAAGAUGCACUCCAGUCCCCCAGCGCUCGGGCAUACCAUUGCCUUCUCUGGUUUGGACAUAUAAUGAUUUGCUGAGAGACUGGUAGGGGGGUGCUUUGGGCACUGGGGGGGAUGGAAGCCGGACACUUCUUGUACCACAGUAACUAGAAUAAGCUGUAUUAGAUAGGUUUGUUAAUUGCUACGUGUCUGAAAAUUGCUUAUAUUACAUUAAAUAUAGGAAUUAUUUACAUUGUGACAAUGAUCCAGUUUGCCAAUCUUUGCACCAUAAACGAAAUAAGGUUAUGCUACUGAACAUGAAUUUGAUACAGCUUGCUUUCCAUUUCAUUUUAACCUUCACAAUAAAAGUCAAAGUUCUCCUGUCCUUGUACUGUUUGGAUAUAGAUCUUCAUGGUAAUGAGGUUUGCUUGACAAGUUUAGAGAGUACCAGGGUCUGCAGUGGAAAACACUCUCAUUGAUUCUGUCUAAGCCUCAGCAGGUUUCCACAGCUAUUGUCCGCAUAACAAAUCACGUUUCUCUACUCUCUCUCCCUGGACAGAUACUAUGCUUUGCACUUGGCUUUAAAAUGCAGUUUUUUUUGUUCCUGAAUAUGUAAUCUUCAACAACAUCUUAAAUUGUUACCAUGCUAGAGGCACAUAAAGUUUGACACGUUUGAAGGUGAAGUGUAUUAUUUAUAAUACCAUUAAUCCAGUUUUGUCUAUACAAUAUCGGUUUUGUUAUUUAAUCUAGUGCAUCCCAUUUUUUAAACUUAUGUUUGUAUAAAUGUACUCUCUAUAUAGCCUCAUUGACUUCUUUUUCAUAAUAAUAACUUAUUUUCCGUUAAUUCUUGUAAAUUGAUUACUAACGCCAACUGUCAUUGACACAAGAGUGUUUUUAGAAAUAGGAGGAAGGCUUAAAGCCAAAUUGUCACCGUCUGGGGAGUCCAAUGGCUAGGGUUGGCAGGCAAAGGUGAAUUUAAAGGGACACUAUAGUCACCCAGACCACAUCAGCUCAAUGAAUUGGUCUGGGUGCCAGGUCCCCCAAGUUUUAACCCUUCAGAUGUAAACAUAGCAGUUUAAUCCAACCUCUAGUGGCUGUCUUCCUGACAGCAGCUAGAGGGGCUUCUGCCUUCGCAGUGUGCAGAACGUCCAUAGGAAAGCAUUGAGAAAUGCUUUCCUAUGGACUGUUUGAAUGUGCGCGCGGGCGCUGACGCAGACGCCGGUGGGGGAGGAGAGGUCACCAGCACCGGGGGAACCCGGCUCUGAAUAAAGGUAAGUGGCUGAAGGGGACCCUGAGGGUAAGGGAGGGGACCUAAGGAUGCUAUAGUGCCAGGAAAACGAGUUUGUUUUCCUGACACUAUAGUGAACCUUUAACUUGAAUCUGUCCCUCACAGCUCCACUACCCUCUUCCGACCGGUGCUCUUUCUAGCUCAUGCGACUACAAGAUCCUCCAUACAUCACUGAUGACAGCUGGGAGAUUGACACUUCUUGAUGGCGGUAGCUCAGCCCAGUGUCAAGAACUGUCAAGCGUUAGAAAAAUACUGAAACAAAGUAUUCCCUUACUUUAUGAAAUACUCAUAUUAAAUGUGUUGGAGUUUCACUGACAAAAUAUGAUGAGACAAAGAUUUUAUCUUUAUGAAAUAGUCAUUUUGGGGGAAAUGAUAGUGCAGCUUUAAAAAGAAACAAUAGAAUUACACCCUUUCUUUUGUUAAUUGUACAUAUAUGCAGAAAAUAAAAAAGAAUUAAGUAUGAAAACAACAUUUUCUUUUCAAUAUAAAUCACUUUUAUAAUUUAACCUUGUUACUCCUGCCCCACUGCCGGCUUUCAGUCAGACAACUUGUUGUUACUUCCUGGUUGUUUAGCUCAGUGGAGCUAAUCUCAGGAGACCGCAAUUGCUCAUACCACCUGGCUUGUUAAGACUUCUCAUUGAGCUGCAACCUGAGAUUGUACAUUCUCAGGAAGUCCAAGCUUGGGAAGAUGGGGGAGUACUUGCCAAGUUUGCAGACAAGAGAUCUGUGAAAAAAAUGCACCAUUAACUGCAUGCAUGUUUUCAAUGAGGGCAUCUACUAAAUACUCACUUAUAUAUUUUUUGUAUUUGGGCAGUGGAAUGUCUCUUUAACCCUUUAAGGACAGAGGCAAUUGUCCAAUUGUGCACACAUUAGAGCUUAACCAUAGGGGCUUGUAUUCCUAACGCUAUGGUGUUCCUUUAAUAAAAAUUUAAAAAGGGACAGGGAUACUAUAGGUACCCAUAUUCAUCUCACUGAAGUGGUCUGGUUGCCUGUAGUGUCCUAUUAAAGAUACACUAUAGUCACCAUAACAACUGCAGCUUAAUAUAGUUCUGAUGAGUAGUCAGUCCCUGCAGCCCUUUUGCUGUACACAUUGUCGUUUCAGAGAAACGGCAGUGUUUACAUUACAGCCUAGAGACACCUCCAGUGACCACUCCUCAGAUGGCUAGUAGAGGUGCUUCCUGGGGCAAUGCUGCACAGUGUUCAGCACUGGCAUUCAGUGUCUCCACCCUCUGCAUGGAGACACUGAACUUUUCUCAUAGAGAUGCAUUGAUUCAUUCAUUUGGCUCCGGUCCGGCCUGCCACAUUGGCUGAGAUCAUCAGAAUCAACAAUCUCAGCUAGUCCAAUGCUUUCCUAUGGAUCAUCACUUUUGAUAAUGCCAGCCAAAGAGACAUAUCAGGGGCAGAACCAGCACCAGCAGACUGGAAUAAAGGCAAUAUUGUACAAUAUUUAGGGGGGCUAGGGAGACCAGGGGGGCUAGAUAGUGUUUUUAACAGUAUAGGGUCAGGAAUACAUGUUUGGGUUUCUGACCCUAUGGUGUUCCUUUAUUUAUCAUUGUAAAAGAACACAUUUUAUACUUGUUUUUUUUUUGUUUUUUUUUAAAGGGCUAAAAUACAGAAGUAAAAAGUUUUUAUCAGAUGGAGCUUUUUAUCUGGGCACAGAUGUGUGCAGGAUAAUACCUAUAUCAGGCUCGCUCCACAGCAUACCACUAUCCCGCUAUAGGUUAGGCUAUUAAACUUUUACCAAUCCACCAUGAAACAUCCAUUGAUAGUAAUUCUAUGCACCAUUUGAGGCAGCCUACUAGAGCUAUAUAGUCACAUUUUGAGAUUCAUUUUAAUAUCAAUAGUGACAUUUAAGUUAAUGUUAUUGGUCUAAUUUCAUACAGGUUAUGUUGUUAUUGAACCUUUACCAGUCUACUAUGAAGCAUUAAUCUAUUGUUACUAUUUCUAUAUAUACCACUAGAGUCAGCCUAUCAGAGCUAUAUAGUUCAGUGUUAUAUUUUGAGACUAUCUCAGUAUCAAUAGUGACAUUUCAAGUUAAUGUAACUGGUUUAAAUACUUAUCACAUUGUUCACCUUUUCUACUCGAGCACCUAAGCACCUAUAUAUAUUUUCUUAUUUUCAUUAGACUCAAUAAAAUAUAUAUAUUUUUGCUUUUAUUAUCAUUAUCAUCCAAGUUCCUAGUCUAGUAGCUAUCUUGUUGAUAUCUGGUACUGGCAUUAGAGUAUAUUCUAUCUAUCCCAGUCCCUACCGGUACACUUCCCUUGUUUGUUAGUUUUCUUUUUGGGGUUACCACCUGUUCCUUAGUGUACCAAGUAUUGGCUCUACCUCAGUUCUUUUUCUUUCACAUUUCCUUAUUACUACUCUUUUUCUCUCCUUAAGUUUCAAGGGCAGUCCAGAUGUGGACCCCUUGCUUACGGUCAGGGCCGGAUUAACAUAGGGGCUGAUGGAGCUGCAGCUCCAGGCCCAGGCCUAUGGAAUAGGCCCAUUAAAAAAAAAAAAAAAGAUUUUUAUUUUUUUUUACACGCUACUCUUGCCACCUGACUGGUAUUUUAAGGCACAGCCGGUAUUUGAGGCUGCCUGACUAUGACAGUAUUGCAGUAAUACCGGCAAUACAAAUGGAAAUAUUUUUCUCAGUAUAAACAGAGAUUACUCUGCAAUACCAGCACCAGCCAGUAGAGAUCACAGGCAGGGAUAGGAAGUUACAGCAUCUCCUUGCCUCUCUCUACUCACUGAUCUGCUGGGGAACAGCUACACAGCACAGAGAGUCCAGACAGCAGCUCCCAACCUGCAGCGACAGACUACAGCUCAGGUAUGUGAAAGAUGGGGGGAAAGGCAGCAGGGAGACAUGGGGACACUGAGACACUAGGGGACACUGAGAAACAUGGGGACACUGAGACACUAGGGGACACUGUGAGACAUGGGGACGUUGUGAGACAUAGGGAGACACAUUGGGACACAGAGACACUAGGAACACAGUGUCUCCAUGUCUCCCAGUGUCCCACUGUCUCCCAGCCAGUGCCCCUAGUGUCUCAGUGUCCCCUAGUCUCCCAGUGUCUGUGUCCCCAUGUCUCUCAGUGUUCCCAUGUCUCCCAGUGUCCCUAUGUCUCCCAGCCAAUGUCUGUGUCCCCAUGUCUCCCAGUGUCCCUAUGUCUCCCAGCCAGUGUCCCUAGUGUCUCAGUGUCCCCAUGUCUCCCAGUGUCUGUGUCCCCAUGUCUUUGUGUCCCUAAAUGUCAGUGUCCCCAUGUCUAUGUCCACAAGUGCCCCCAUGUCUCCAAGUGUAUGUUUCCCCAUGCCUCUCAGCCAGUGUCCCUAGUGUCUGUGUCCCCAUGUCUCCCAGUGUCCCCAUGUCUCCCAGUGUCUGUGUCUCUAGUGUCUGUGACCCCAUUUCUCCCAGUGUCCCCAAAUGUCUGUGUCCCCAUGUCUCCCAGUGUCUCCAUGUCUGUAUCCACAAGUGCCCCCAUGUCUCCCAGUGUCCCCAUGUCUCCCAGUGUACCCAUGUGUCUCAGUGUCCCCAGGUCUCACUGUGUCUCCAGGUCUCUCAGUGUCCCCUAGUAUCCUAGUGACACGGGACACAGUGAGACAUGGGGACACUGGGAGACUAGGGGACUGGGCAACAUGGGGACACUGAGAUACAUAGGGACACUGAUGCCAGGCUGGCCUUUCAAUUCUUUGGACAGACAUGCCCCUUUUACCCUGCCCAUUGACGUCUUGCUUCACUGAACACUGCUGGAUUUACUUGAAAGAUUAAAGUAUAAAUUAGAUAAAGAGAUUAUCAUAGAGUAUGAGUUUUCUUAUAGCUGCAUUCUUUUAGUUUCCCUUCAACAUCAACUCCAUCAGAUACAUGACGCUUGAGAAGCAUGACUGUUUUAGUGUUUUUGGUCGAUAAGAUUCUGUAAUUAGGCCCAUUCAUAAUUGUCAGCACCAGGCCCACUGGGCUCUUAAUCUGGGCCUGCUUACGGUGCCUAGAGGGAUAUUGGCUAUACCUCACUGAUGAUACCUUACAAGGUUGAAACGAUCGUCUGGGGUUGCUGUAUCUCUCGUGCAGAGAGAACUUGCUGGCAUUUCUAAUCUGGACUGCCCGUAUGGGUGGGACCAGUCUGAUAUGUUUCAGGGAUGUUCUCUCUGUAAUGGCACAAGAUGAGCUAAAACCAGCUAGAGAUCUGAGCGGGGACCCACCGAAGGGCAGGCUAAUUGAGCUGUUGUCCGUUCUCACCUCUUGUUUUUCUUUUUUUAUUUGCUUAUUACACCCUUUGUGUUUCAUCCAAUUGGAAUCUGAUGACCCGGUGCUGUAAUAAAAUAUAUUAUUAGCAAGUGUAUUUACAAUCAAACCUCAAAGUUUUGCAUCUGUGGUCACUGUACAUUAGUAGUUUAAAGGGACACUUUUUCUAUCUAGACCACUUCAGCUUAUUGAAGUGGUCUGGGUGGACUGUCCCUUUUGCACUUAGUGCACUGUCUGCCCUCAGUGGCUGUCUACCAGACAGCCAGUAGAGGUCUUCCUGAAUUGAACUGGACCUUUGGUCUGCUAUCUGACACUGGACGUCCUCACGCUCUGCAUGAGCACAUCCAGCGUCAGAUAUUUCCCCAUAGGAAAGCAUUAAUUCAAUGCUUUCCUAUGGGAAGGUAUAAUGCGCGCAGCAUUUGCCGCACAUGCCUAUUAGACACCGCUCGUCGUGGGACGGAGAAGGGGGUGGCGCAUCGACCCAACCCCGAGGGACAUUAGCCCUGGGAUAAGGUAAGUAAAUUAGUUUUUAACAGUUUAUUUAUUGGGGAGGGAGGGGGGGGGCUCAAGGGAGGGGGGAAGCUGGGAAAGCAAUAGUGCAACAGCUUUGUAUUCUUGGCACUAUAAUAUCCCUUUAAUAAAAUGUCUCCACAUAGCAUCCAAUGCUCACAGUAUCUCUCUUUUCACAGUUUACAUAUUAAUAGAUUAUCUGAUUUGCAUCCUGCUUCUAUGUAACCCAAAAGAAUCCCUGUAUAUCCCUGCAAGAACUGAACCAUAUGAGACAUUUUGAAUCCAAUGAGUCAGGGCAUCUCAUAGGCUGUAUUGUGCUAUUGAGACAAUGCCACUUUAUCUUUUGAUUUCUCAUAUGAAGUAAGCAUUAUGUAUUCACAGCAGGGCUGCAAUAAAUUACUCAUUUGCAUAUAGAAUGUAGAGUUACCCAUGAGAGCCAGUGGAAGCUGAUUAGCCCAGCAGGUGUGAUGUUACUCAUGGUUAAAGCCAGUCUAAAAAGCAAACCAUUAUUAAUAUGUAUCUACCCCUUUGAAUUAUGCAGUGGGGAGGUUUUAUUAAUGUUAAAUAUUAAUGCAGUAAAAUUAUUAUUGCUCUACUUCCACAUUAUAUGAAAUUUAUAUCUGUGAUCUAAGAAUACAUGACUCUUACCCUCUUUGGUGAUAUUUAUUAGUAAUUUGUACUAAUUACUAAUGCAUAGUUAACAAUAAAAUACCUAUUAACCAUUUUGAUUUACAUUCUACUUUUUAAUUUCAGUUAUUUAAACCAUUAAAAUGCCCUUUUUGCUUUUAGGGAUUUAAAUAUUUCUGAUUUUCUAUUCUUUGUUUGUGUUUAUUGUAUGUGUAUGUUUUCCAUGUGAAUCAGAUCAAGUAGUGUCCUAUGGAGCUUACGCGUGCGCUCUCACUUCUAUCUCUCUUGCAAAAAUAUUCUAUAUAUGUAUGUGAUCGUUUGGUUAAAGGAACACUUUAUGCACUAUAACAACUUCAUCUUAUUAAAGUUGUCUUAAUGCCUUCAGUCCUAUCCACUGUGUCCUACCACAAAAAAACCCUUAUUUUAAUAAUUAGAAGGCUUGGAAGUGUGGCUUUAAGUCACGCUCCAAGUCCUUUGGGUAUAUUGUAACAUACCUUGAUGUCAUGCAUGCAUGCGCAGUGCCCACAUGGUCUGUCUAAGAGAAUCAUUGUAUUCAUUGAUUCUUUAGGACAGAAUCGUAGACACAUUGCAGUGAGCUUUGCGCAUGUGCCUACAGUCCCCAAAGCUCCUCUAUGAGCAGCACUGGAUUGGACUGACCAGAUGAGGAGGAGACCACGACAGCAUCAAGGCAGGAGAGAAGUUGAUUUUUUUUUUUUUAAUUUGUUUAAUUUUGUUUUUAUUUUUAACACUUGGUGGGGGGCUGAACUAAGUAGGCACAUCAAGACUGUAGCUUUAUGAAUACAGAUAUGUAUCCCCAACACUACAUUGUUCCUUUAGUACUCUGUGAAAUAUACUUCUGAGUUUGAUAACUAUGUCUGUGUAAACACCAUUAUAUCAGAAUUGGAAAAACAAAACAUGUCACCUACCAGAAUGUUUACCUCAUAAAUUUAACAAAUGUGUUUGUGAGGUCUGAAAAAUAAACUUGUAGAAAUCCACUUCUCUUAAUCUUGCAACUGGGAUCCUCCACCCUAGUGCUCUGUUGAUCAUUGUUAAUAAGCUCUACUUAGCAUCUGGAAGACCGCAAUAUUUGCCUUUCUGUGCCUGGAUGGAACUGGAUUGUGAUGUAGUUUUCUAAAUCUUUGAUAUAAAUUCCAAAUAAAUGGAAUAAAACAGAAAAUAGGAAUUGGUUUACUGAAGUUAUAGAUAAUUUUUGAACAUUCAUUUAAUGGUGUACAUUCCAGAGAUAUUAUAGUUCCCCUUUAAGCAAUAUGAUGCCUGCAGACAAUAGCGGUGCAUGGCAAUUGAAUAAAAUAGGACAGGGUAUCUCAAUAUAAGGAGACAGGUAAUCAAUAAAAUGACGUGUUUUCGUUGCAGACAAAUAUGGCACUGGGAGGAAAGCCGUAUGAAGGAUCCUUAAACAACUAUAGACCUGAUCUGUGGAUUUCAGCUAUUCCUGGUGGGAAGGAUGAAAUCAUCACAAGUCUUGUAUCUGCCUUAGAUUCAAUGGUAAGUUACAGUUAAGACCAGUAAGUGUUAAUUACUUUUUCUAACCUUUUUUUAAAAUGAACCUGCAGCAUUUACAUCCAUGAUCACAGCAGAUGAGGAAAGCAGCAGCUGUCUUGCAGGAAUAGUAUGCAAUACUAGCUUGGCUUCUAAAGGACAAGUAAUUACCGCAGUGCCCUGACAAGGUUAAGCUGGAGUGAAUAAAAAAAAAUGGAACAGUUAAUACUCUACGGGGCUGAGAAACCUCAUCUUCCGUGUCUUAAGAAGGAUAGUAUCAAUAUUGUGUUUGGAUGGAGCUAGAUAAAACUAGCCCAAUGACAAGAGUAAUGGCGUAGAACCUAGAGUUGGGGAUAGUAAAAAAUGUAUCCAAGGCAUUUAUUGAUUGCGUCCUAUUGCCAAGUUGUUUUGCUCAGAUGGACUACCUUGAUUUAAAAUCCAAUUUAUUACCGGAGGUGUAUUUAAGAGCUGAGAAUAUGUCAUAUAUAUAUAUAUAUAUAUUUUUUUUUUUUUAUAGAAAGAUAUAAAACACCAUUGGGGCUUCAUUUGGUAAAUAUUAUUUGGAAACAGUGGAGCAUUGAUUAGGGUUUGCAAAUUUCAGUCCAGAAUACCCAGAUUUGAAGAAUCUCAUUCAGUAACUCUCCUUAGGUAUAUUUGCCUAAAAUGUACAGUUAUCAGAUUGUUUUCAGGUAUUCACUUUCAAAAUACUUGGAAAGGUCAAGCAAUGUCAAAGUUAAGUUGUGUUCUUAUGACUGCAGUGUGAUUAAAAAGAAAGGGCACAUCUGAGAAGCCCACAGCAUCUUGUCGGCAAGUACCCCCUAAUUGUUUUGGCCCUCCUAACCCUUAGAACCCCUUAACAAUAAACAACAAAACUUAAACAUCUUUUGGUUUACUCCUGCUUUUUGGGGGGAGCCAUCAAGUUUUAAGUACUACAAAGCUAAUAUGGAUACUGAUAAGUUGCCUGACUCUUGUGAUAAGUAUUUGUCUUAAACAAAUAUAAACAUUUUGAUAUAUACAUAUGUUUAAAUUGAAAAACAAAUCCAUGAAUGUGUGCAUCCUUCUAGAAUUGCUAAGCUACUUUAUUUCUCACCCUGUUUGCUUCUUAAUGUGUACUUCAUAAUGUUCCCUCCGGGAUAAUAUAGUUUAAUGUGCAUUUCAUUUUCACCGUUUGAUGGAUGUGUUUAUCAACUAAAGAAAUGUUCAAGAGAUGUACAUUAACACAGCAUUUCUUUACUGAAGGUUUAUUUAACGGGAUGCUAUCCACCAAAGUCUGUGUUUUAAAGGAGCACUAUAGGGUCAGGAACACAAACAUGUAUUCCUGACUCUAUAGGGUUAAAACCAUCAUCUAGCCCGCAGGGUCCCAUCAUGCCUCCCUAAAAAUAGUAAAAUCUUACUUGUAUUCAAGUCUGGAGCUGCAGACUUUGUCCCUGUUUCCUGUAGACCUGUCCACUGCCUGCUGAACUCAGCAGAAGUGGUAGCCUGAUCCAAUCACAAUGCUUCUUCAUAGGAUUGGCUGAGACUGACAAAGAGGCAGAUCAGGGGCAGAGCCAGCACAAUUCAAGCACAGCCCUGACCAAUCAGCAUCUCCUCAUAGAGAUGAAUUGAAUCAAUGAAUCUCUAUGAGGAAAGUUCAGUGUCUGCAUGCAGAAGGUGGAGACACUGAAUGUUUGGAUGCAUUUUAGGCAGCCAUGACCCAGGAAGGAUCUCUAACAGCCAUCUUAGGAGUGGCCAGUGAAGUUAUCAGUAGGCUGUAAUGUAAACACUGCAUUUUCUCUGAAAAAAACAGUGUUUACAGCAAAAGGCCUGAAGGUAAUGAUUCCACUCACCAGAACAAAUUCAAUAAGCUGUAGUUGUUCUGGUGACUAUAGUGUUCCUUUAAGGUUUAAAUUAAAAUGUAAAAACUUUGUUUUUGAACACACACCAUGAGGAAGGCUCAUAGACGUGUUAUUGACUUGUAGCUGAUGGAAAAAAAUAUCUACUGGUUCACUUUACAAACAGCGGAUUAGGGUGAAUAACAGAAGGCAGUCUCUCUGCUGUUAAAAUUCUUUGUAAUUUCAUAAUGCCUGAGUACAGAUGGGUGUUAUAAUUCUGUAGUGUUAGGAUUUAUCUAAUAAAAGUGGACAUAUGAUGUGGAACCAUAUUCAGUUUUAUCUUGCAUUUAAUUCUUCAACAGAAUAAUAUAGGUGUAGCCCAUAGCAAUUCCACAGUAGCUGAAGGUUGCUCACACUGUACUUACUGUCAGCUCUGAAAACAGGCAUCAUAUCUCUCUAAAGAUUUAUAUUCGGUGGUUUUGUGAAUGAAAGACAAAAAGAAAAUGUUAUAUUUAUUGUUUUAUUUUGCAACAGAAUGUUUUCUCUCAAAUAUAGCAACCUUGAACAAAUUAACCCCAGAUUUGACAUGCUGCAUAUUAAAAACGUAUUACCUAAUUAUGAGAUAAUUGCGGUGAAGACACAAUCCCGUGCCAUGCUGGUGAUCCCAAGCCAAAACAAAGUCAUUAUGCAACACACCUGCAAUAUGUAUAAAUAUCUGAAUGACGGCAACAUGCUUCCUUUGCAUAAUUAGAAGACACACUAGCUUUUAAACAAGCUUAAUGCACAUGCUACAGCAGAGUGUUAUUUAAGCUUAGAAUCAAUACUGGUUAUCUUCUAUCUUAUCUGUCACAUAUAUUGAUCAAAUAUUUAUUAUUACAAUAAUCAGAGUAUGUUAUUUUUGAAUAUGUUAAUCGAGUGAGAACAGUGAUCAAAUCAUGAUUUGAUUAAUUUAUUAGCGCAAAUAUUUCAUUAUUAUAAGAUAACAUAUUCACAACUGAAGUCUUUAAAACAUGAAUUGAUUUAGUGUGAAAGACUGCCUUUAUGCUAUACUUGAAGCUACAUAUUACAUGGCUGGAAAGUUCUAGUUAGAAUGUUGUGUAAAAAAAUAAUUAAUUAAAUAUGCUGUAUCAUAUAUGUCCUUCAAACGUAAGCAUCCUGUGAAGCGGGAUGCUGGUAGGAGCGGUAAAGGGGGGCGACCCACCCAAAAAGUGGGAGAACCCACCCAGAACAAAUUGACAGGUUUGCCUGUUGUGAAUGCAUUUUAACCAAAAGAACAAGUAAAAUAGAUGGCGCUAAAAAUUAUCUUACAAGAAUAUAUUACUAUUAAAAGCUGCACCUUACAAGUGUAAUAGCUCACAAAAAAAACUACAUAUUACAUCAACAAAAAAAGGUGCACUAUAACUUUAAAUCUUAAAAUAGUGAAUAGUUCACUCCUAUAUAAAGUGCUAUAAACUUAUCUAAUAAAGUGCCACACGUGCUGUGCGAUAGUGUUAAUACUCCUAAUAUAAACCUACGCGCCAUCUGCCCAGCUCUUUUCCUUUUAUGGGUAGCCCUUCAUACUUUGGUCUUCAAUGAUCCUUAUCACAGUACCACAGUUAUUUUUUUUUCAUUACCCCUAUUUUCCAUUAAUACCAAAGAAUUGUGAGAACUUUAAGAGCAUUGCCAUAGAGAAGUUCAUAGUUGUUAAAAUACAUAAAGCAGAGUUUUUCUUUCUAAAAGUAAUUCAGUUGAAAUGUAGCAUGCACCAUACCAAAAGUGUGGUCCUAUGCAAACACUAACAAGGUUAUUCACUAAGAAAAAGUGAGAAUUCAAACUGAAUUUAACAUUUUAGGCCAAGGUAGACGAAAUGGAAGCAUAGUUGACCUUGAGAAUUUUCUUGCUUGGCUAUUUUGUCCUUAUAUUUAAAAUUCACUUUCAUUUCCCACUUUAGUGAAUAACCCUUUGACAGGUAGGAAGAUUAUGGAAUAUGUGUAAAGUUAAAGGGACCACUCUAGGCACCCAGACCACUUCAGCUUAAUUAAGUGGUCUGGGUGCCUGGUCCAGCUAGGGUUAACCCAUUAUUUUUAUAAACAUAGCAGUUUCACAGAAACUGCUAUGUUUAUAAAUGGGUUAAUCCAGCCCUCAAAUCCUCUAGUGGCUGUCUCAUUGACAGCCGCUAGAGGCGCUUGCGUGCUUCUCACUGUGAAAAUCACAGUGAGAACACGCCAGCGUCCAUAGGAAAGCAUUUACAAUGCUUUCCUAUGAGACCGGCUGAAUGCACGUGCAGCUCCUGCGCGCAUGCGUUAUCAGCCCAGGAGGAGGAUCGGAGGCAGAGAGGAGGAGGAGAGCUCCCCGCCUGGCGCUGGAGAAAGGUAAGAUUUAACCGCUUUCCUCUCCCCAGAGCCCGGCGUGAGGGGGUCCCUGAGGGUGGGGGCACCCUCAGGGUACUAUAGUCCCAGGAAAACGAGUAUGUUUUCCUGGCACUAUAGUGGUCCUUUAAUGGUUGUUUGUAAAUAUGUAUCUGCAAAAUACCUUGUAUAAAUAUGAUUGUAAAAUUGUAUAUACACCCAUCAGUCUGUAGCUUUACACUACAAGUUCUAGUCCAUUAUUUCAUAUUUUUUUAAACUUUUUCCAAAAGCAACAUAUUUAGAUCCUUCAGGUUCUCCCUGAUAGGUUUUAUCCAGUAAGCCAGACCCCAUUUUCUUAGUUUGUUGCACUCUCCCAAAUGUAUUUAUUGCCUUGUGGCGAUACAGUCUCCAAAACACUUAAUCUUGCUGAGCCCUAACUUGUGACACGUAAAGCUGCCUCUGUUACUUAUACUUCUGCAUACCCAGGCACAUAUUUUUGUGCUUUGGUAAAAUUGUUUAAGUCAAAAAUAACCCCUACAUUUCUUCCCCUUGUUAUUGUGAAUGCAGUUUUAUAAAUACCAUUUUUUAUUUUUGGAUUUUUAGAUACCUGGUGCAUCAUUUUGCACUUUCUUACAGUAGAUUAACGGAACACUAUAGCGAUAGAAUACGUACAUGUAUUAUAACUAGUUAGAUGCAGGGCACAAAUUAGGUUUGUUUGGCAACAUAUAUUAGAUCAGCAGUUCCUAAAAGAUCAAGGAUCCCUUUAAGGUACUGAAUGAUCUUAAUAUGUAUUUAAACAUAAUGCAUGCCACUGUUGUUGAGUAUUGGUAACACAAUGAUGCAAAUCAUAACAUAUCGUAUCUGUAUUGUUUUCUCCCAUAAUAAAGGCAUAUAUAAGAAUUGUUAAAUAAAAAAAUCCAUUAAUAAAUAAUCAGUUUUUGAAAUGAUAGAUGAUGGUUCUGAUACCAUGUUGUGUCUUCAGUCUUCUAUAACAAAUUAGUUUUUCAUAGUAAAUUUAAAAAUAAACUGGAGGUUAAUUGGUUUCAAUGUGAAAUACAAUAAAUAAAAUAAUACUUGAUUUUUAAAUCUAGGUAGAAUUGAUGAAUACCAUUUUGAAUGACGCAUAUGGUGAUGUAACCACACAUUGAAUUAUAUUUUUGAAUACAAAGGAUAAGCAAUAAAGAAUUAAAAAUAUAUAGCAGAACAAUACAAAUCUCAAAGGAAAAAAAAAAGUGUUUUGCACUUCAAAUAAAUAAACGUGAAACCAGCCAUGUCAUUAGCAGCAAAGACAGAAUGGACGUAAAUAGGAGAUGUAAGAGGUCAGAAAACACCAGCACAAAAUUCUAGAAUCUGGCCCUUAAUGUGUAAGGAGAAAUUAUGUAUCUUGUAAAUAACGUAACAUGACUUGAGGUUUUCACUCACGAGCCAUUGGUAAGUUUCAUUUUUGCCUUGACUCAUGGACAUUUUAUGGUCAGUGUGACUGGGACUUCCCACUGUAUUCAGUGCUGUUUAAUAGCUGCAGCUUAUUGUAACAAUGGUCACAUGGUAACAAUUGCAGACAGAUUUAUAGGAGAAAGCACCUUUGUCACCUUUUCCUCAUAUAGACUUGCAGGGAUACAUAGAAAAGAUAAGAAUAACAUUUCAUUUCAGUAAGGUUAAUGGUUUAUUGGUUUUCUUCCGUCACUGUGAUUAAAGGGACACUGUAGGCAUUAUAACUAUUCCAUCUAAUUGAAUUUGUUAUAGUGACUGGAGUUCUCUGGCGCUGUCUAUUCAUGCAAUAUUAAACCGUUUUUGAGUAGUUUAACACUAAAUAAGGUAUCUGGCCAUCCACAGCCCCUCCUCCACUGGAGGUAUGGAUUACACACUCCCUUCGGGCCAAAUUGAUUCAUACCAGCAAUGGGCACUGCGAUAGGCUGAAAGUUGUCAACUGACACUCACAGCCAAUCAUAUCAUUGUUGUUCAGACUAAUGCUUCCUCUUUAGCCCAACAGAGCUCAAAUGGGAUAGGCUGCUGGGGACUCUAGCUUUGAAUGAAACCAUUAAAAGUGGUUUAGCAUUUUACAGAAGAAUGAUAUCAGGGAACUCCAGACACUAUAACUACUUCAGUAGGAUGAAACAGUUCUAGUUGCUGCAAUGUCCCUUUACCUUUUUAGUCAUGUACCACAUGACUACAAUUUUUUUCUAUUUUCUUGUGCUGGAUAAAGUGUUUGGAACUUUAUUUUAUGUUUUCUGACUUACUUUGUAAUUUUAGCACUAUAGAGUCAGAAAUUCAUUUUUGUAUUCCUGGCAUUAUAGUAUUCCUUUAAAGUAUAUCUGGCCCCCACCACGACCCCCUAAAUAUUGUAAAAUCCUUCCUUUAUUCCAGUCUGCUGGUGCUGGCUCUGCCCCUGAUAGGAAAGCAUUGGAUUGGCUGAGAUUGUCAAUUCGAAAGAUUUUAGCCAAGGAGACGGGCUGGGGGCAGAGCCAAAUGCCACCCUGGCCAAUCAGCAUCUCCUCAUAGGGAUGCAUUGGAUCAAUGCAUCUCUAUGAGGAAAGUUCAGUGCCUCCAUGCAGAGAGUAGAGGCACUAGUACCGGUAGAAGCCAUCUGAGGAGUGGCUACCGGAGCUAUCUCAUCUCUAGGCUGUAAUGUAAACACUGCCUUUUCUCUGAAAAGACAGUGUUUACUGCAAAAAGCCUGAAGGGAAUGAUUCUACUCGCCAGAACAAAUACAAUAAGCUGUAGUUGUUCUGGUGACUACUGUGUCCCUUUAAUUUGAAAUCAUUAGCAUGGUGAUAGAGAGAACAAAUGUGAAGUCUUGUUGUAUAUGCAGGAUUACCCAAGCUUAUCACCACCUAUAUCAUCAGAACUAUUUAGCACCCAGUAGAACCAGCAUAGUCUGUAAAAGCAGUUUCUAUGCAGUAGGUUUUCAUUCUUACAACCAUCAUGCUUAUAGUGAGUGAAGCCUUGGAUGCCUUGGGAAAAUCGAUAAUUAAAGUUCACUAACUAAGAAAAAAAAAUGUUAUUGCAAAAAUUUUAAAAAAUUAAAAUCCAAAUUUACAAAAAUGUGAAAAGAUUAUGAAGUGAUGCAAAUAAAAAUAAAAAGUAACGUGGCUCAGAAUUCCUUGUCUUGUGUUACCAGCCAGGUGUGAAUAGCUACUUGCUACCACAAAUGUGCACAGGUGGUAUUUUGGUUCUUUUUCUUUUAUUCAGGUAUGUCAAUGACUUUGUGAGUUUGUAGCAGGGAGCCCUUUCUACUUAGUGUUUCUGUUUGUAUGCUUGAAGGCAUGGACAUAUGGUUGUGUUGGGUAAGUGUGCAUGAAUACAGAAGCAUAUGUGUGUGGAAGGUCAGUUUGUGUAAUGCUUGGUCAUAUGUGUGGGGAUUGUGACUGGAGGGGAUAAGUAUGCAGAGGGUAAGUGUGUGUGAAACCAGGUGUAUGUGGGUGGAGUGUCAGUUUGUGUGAAUUCAUGGAUGUUGUAAGCAGAGUCUCUGUGUGAGAGAAGCAGUAUUGCAACUUUUACUGGCUGUAACCCAUUCUCCAUAACAGGUAGCCCUAUUACACCCCAUAGUCAGUAAUUCCCCCCCACACACAGACCAAUCCCCGCUUGCUGACCUGUACCAGUAGGGAGACCUCAUCUUCAAAAAGCUGCUCUGUGUGUGUGCUGCCUGUAGCACUUUAGGAAGUGACAUUAAAAAUCAAGAUGAACAAGGAUGUGCUCAUUUUACAAAAGUUUUGAGACCCGUCAUUUAAGAUACAGAGAAUUCUGAAAUCACAACGUUGUGCAAAAGAAUAUCCAACAAGAUUUUAUAUAGGGCAAAUGUUGUAAGAAAACCUCAAAAUUUUACAAAUAUCACUAUUAAUAUCACAAUCUAUUCCUUAUUUACUUCCUUAGUGCUCUGCACUCUCAAAACUUAAUGCUGAAGUGGCCUGUAUAGCAGUGCACGAAGAAAGUGCUUUUGUGGUUGGAACAGAGAAAGGAAGAUUUUUCUUAAACUCUAGAAAAGAGCUUCGAUCUGAUUUUCAAAGGUUCUGCGGUAAGUUAUUGCUUUUCUGUACAUACCAUACCUUCCAACUGUGCAAAAUCUGGUGGGGCAUUCGUGACUGUGGGACCCUGCCUUAUAUUCCUAUAUUGGUUCCCUGGUAUACUGCUUCCACAGAAACAGCAAUGCAAGCAUGUGAUUACAUGUACUUUUACUGUGCUAUAGUAACUCAAGGCUUUUGUUGCCCAAAUGUUUGUUUACCCCCCCCUAACUGUGAAAAACAAUAUUCAUUAUGUCCUAACACUUUGUUCUUCAGCGAAAUGGAUUACUAGCUACUAAGUUAAUAUUUAAUAUGGAUUUAAUGAUGAUAUUUAAAGGAACACUAUAGUGUAAGGCAAGCAUGUCAAACUCUCGGCCCACUGGCCACAUGCUUCCCACAAUCAACUUUGUAAACAACCCCAUCAGCCUCCCCCUCCUGCUCUGUGUAGGUGUACCGGGUGUCACAUGACUACCUGGUGCUCAGUUUGACACCAAUCACGCCAUUGGACGGUGAGAGGCCCCCCUCCCCUGCUGUGUCAGGUGAGAAACCGAAGGAAGGGGGGCCUUCUAUCUAUAGGGCAAAGCAGAGCAGAGCUGGCGCUACCAUAACCUUUGGCGCCGGCUUUGUGAGGGAAACAAUUGCCUGCCAGAGAAGGAGGAGGGAGACCUGAUUGGGAGAGAUUGGAAUGGAAGGGAAGAUAUGAAUUGAAGGGUGGAGGAGGGAGAUCUGGAUGGGGGAGAGAGACUUGGAUGGAAUGGGUAAGGGGGGAUAGAGACACGGAAGGAGAGAUAUAGAGAAAUAUGGAAGAGAGGGAUAGAUGUGGGGGAGAGAUAUAGAAGGGAGGGAGAGAUAUGGAUGGCAGGGAAAAAUAGAGAGAGAUGUGGGACAGAGAUAUGGAAGGAAGACAUGGAUGGGAGAUGGUAGAGAGACAUGGAUGGAAGGGGGAAGAAGAGACAUGGACGGAAGGGGGGUAGAAGCGAGUGGAGUGUGCAGCUACACCUUACUCUGCCUUGAGAUUGCAGAGGGACUAGCGAACAAGCGGAGCGGACAGUGCGGCUACCUACCUGGCUGAGACUGCAGUUUGCAAAGGGACUGAGGGAGCGAGCAGAGCAGACACUUAAUACAGUAGCAUUACUACUGAGAUAGUAAGAAACCUUAGGUUAAGCUUUUGAGUGAAUUAUAUAUAUGUACCCAGGAUUACAUAUUGUUUGCAUGAGUAUGAUACAAGUAAUUUUAGUUUGUGUUGGUCCAGGUCGAACUCUUUUAAAAAAAAAUAUUUUGCAGCCCACAUAAACUUAAGCCUUAUUUAUUUGGCCUGAGUUAGCUUUUGAGUUUGACAUGCUUGGUGGAAGGAAUACCAAACGCCAGUGUCCUUGUCCCUAAUUGUAUUAAGGACACCCCGGGAAAGCGCUUCUAGGGGCUGUUAGUAUGACCGCCGGUAGAGGUGGAUUUAAACAUGCCGUGUAAUCAUUGCAGUUUCUAAAAAAAAAAAAAAAAUGCAGUUUUUACAUUGCAAUGUUAAGAGGACAGGAUCACUGCACCCAGACCACUUCAUUAAGAUAAUGUGGUCUGGGUGACUCUAGUCCCUUUAAAUCUGACUUAAAGUAAAGAAUAAACCACAGCUAACCCACGUUUUACAAUAUUUUUUUAUUAGGUGGAUAAAAGUAUAUUUAAUCAUUUGAGGUUUAUAUUGAACAAUUUUUAUUAGGUAGAUAAAAGUAUAUUUAAUCAUUAGAGGUUUGUAUUGAACACAAAAUCUAUCUUCUUUGCCAAAAUAAAAAUGCAUAAAUCUAGAGUCUAAUAAAUUCAUUAACAUGGACUUUUUACUAUGCAGUGAGCCCCCAAAGAAAGGAACAAGAACCUGAUGCUCACACGAGGAACAGAGAAUGCCUCCAGAAUGUUCCACAGAUGUCCACUGGGCCACCUUCAGAUAUUUAUCUGCUCAGGAAGAUGGUGGAGGAGGUUUUUGACAUGCUUUACAGUAAGACAUCACUUUACAGUUAAUGCACGCUAGUUUUCCACAAAAAUCAGUUUAAAGACUCUUUAGUAUAUAAAAUAACAUGCUAGAAGUAGAGUUCCACAGGUGUCACAAUGUAGGGUGAAGGCAAAAAAUUAUUUAUUGGAGGCCGAAACGUUAUAUCUUUUUUUUUUGUCCUUUUUUUAAGGCCUCUAGGCCAAAGCAAAAAUUUUUGCCUUCACCUACAUUGUGACGCUUGUGGAACUCUACUUCUUGUUGUUCCUGGUGGGCUGCGGACCCUCCUCCACAGAGCUCCUACGUAAACUUACUUUAUGCAUUAAAAUAACAUGUUGUUCACCAGUGUGGCACUUUAAAGCACCAUAACCACUAUAGCUGUGUCUGUUUAGCCCACAUGCCACAGUGUAUCAAGUUGGACUGAUACACACUGAUAUUGGGGAAGUGUAGCUUUAUUGCACAGGCUAUGAGUGCUGGGACAGUUCUGUUUUUUGUCACAACACUCCAAAACAAUUUUGAAAGAAAACAUGGAGAUGGCGCCUGUAGACUAAUUGCACCUUAACAACUGCAAUGAGCUGUAAAGUUUAUAGUGCUUAGAGUGCCAUUUAAAGAUAUUCUGAUUUAAAGUCAUGUUUUGCUGCCGUAUUUUAUAGACAAGUUGGAAAACAGCUGAAUAUAUGAUUUAGCUUACAGAAUGGACACAUACCAGCCACUGAUGACUUCCAUCGCAAGUGUGCAAAGGUUUUUACUAAGAACUUGUGUUAUAAUAUGGCUUAUUGACUCCCAAUGUACCUAAUAGCAUGCGAAUCAGUUCUUCUGAGACGUUUUUAAAAUGUAUUAAUUACGUACUGCCAUUGAUUGAAGUGUUUUGUUUUUUUCUGGCAUCUUAGCAGUUUCCAUUACUAAAAUAAAGCAUUGUGUUUCUGUAGGCGAAGCUCUAGGUAAGUCCAAUAUUGUUCCCGUGCCAUAUGACAAAAUUCUAAAGGAUCCUGGAUCAUUAAUAGUGCAAGGAUUUCCUGAUGGGAUCUCUUUACGGAAACCUGCUGAGUAUGAUGUGAAAAGCUUAAUGCUUAUUUUAGAGCACAGUCACCGCCUGAGAUUCAAACUGAAAAGGUAAGCUUUUCUGCUGAUGGACCAAGUGUUACUAUAAAUGUUUAAUUCAGUAAUUCAUAAAUAUAUUUAAUGAGUGUUAUGAUUGACUUUUAUGUUUAAAAAAUUAUCUAUUUAUCAUUAAAAAGUCGUCAACCAAACUAAAAACAAAAUCUAAAGGAUGCACUGUUAAAACUUAUUGAAAGUGACAUUUAGGAAUAACAUUCUUUCUGUCAUUUACAUAAUCGAAUGUGAAUGAUCUUAACAACUCAACUUUGAUCAUUUCAUUAUUCCUUCAUCAGUGUUUACAGUAUUUUAAUUAUAAGAGUGAUAAAGAUAUUCUUUAUUCAUGUUUAGGACUGCCGAGGAACCUAGCAGAGAAAUUAAGUCCCCUGCAGACCUAAGCUGUCCUGCUGUUUCAACAACAAAAGUCAUACCAGACUCUGGUCUAAGCCCCAAAGUUGCCAAAUCAUCAAAUCAUGACAACACUUCCAGUGUAUCAAACCUUCUAUACAAUGUCUCGUUACCUAUCCAGCUUCCUGUGGAAGUGAAGCAAGAAGUUCAUAUGAGUGUGCAUGGGACCAACGCAACCAAUGAACUGUUGAUCCUUCGAACACCAGGAGAUCAGAUUCAGGAUCCCUCAGACUGUUCUGGUGAGUAUAUUAUUUUUCAGUAGUGUAUAUAUUUUCCGACAUAUAGAUGUACAUAAUAUUUGAUUUGGAUUGUGGUUGAUCUUAGAACUUAGUGUCAUUGUCACCAUCUCGGGACUUUGCAUAAUUUGCAAAGACCCCAACAGUAAUAUCGCUGGUGGGGGAACGGUGGGCAAGGGAGGCGGGGGCAGGCAAAGGUAACUAAAACUUACCAGAACCCAUACCUCAUUCUGGCUGAUCAUCUUCUGUUCCACCACAUGUGCCUAUAGAAGAUCCUGCAAGACCACAGGAUCCUCCAUAGACAGAGUCGAUUUCCCUGCAGCCAUCACUGGUGACGAGUGGGGGAUUGACACUUCUUGUCUCAGGAAAUAUACUGAGACAAAGUAGUCCCUUCUUUGUGUUAGUAUAUCUUUUGAUUGGGUUGGAUGUUCAAUGAAAUUCCAUCACCGUCACUAUGAGUAUUUCAUAAAGAUUCUAUCUUUAUAAAAUACUUAUUUCACAGGGGGAAUGACAGUACUGUUUUAAAUAGGAAAGCAUCACCAUGCUGAUCAAAAUAUUUUUAUUGCUUCUAGUAAAUGUUAUUUUUUUCGUAUUAAAGUCACAUUAUAAUGUCCAGGAAGAAAGCACAGGCAUAUAUUGGCAUCACUCUCCCAGAACAUAGUUCAAAAUAUGCAGAGGCAUUAUUUUUUUCCCACAGUUCAGUAAGUUUUUGCUGUCAUAAACUACUUUCAUGCAAAUAGUGUCCAAUGACCAUUCAUGGACAGGUCAGUUGUAUUGUUUGGGGACUGAUCACCAUCUUUGGGACAGUCUACCUGACAGCAUCGCGAUAAGGCUGUUUGAAGUUGUGGUGAGAUCAACAUUUCCCAAACAUUCCACUGAUCUAAGUACAUUUUUAAAUAUUUGGUGAUGAGGCAAAGUUUAGGGGGGAAAAAAAACAACAACUUCCCACAACUCUUCCAGAAUACCAUGAAAACUAUACAAAGAGAACAAACACUAUUAAAUUUUUCAGAUUUGCAAAACCCAUAUCUGCAUUUUUUUUCAAUGCCUGACAUUUAUAAAAUAUCUUGUCAUGCCAUGAUCUCAUUGAAAGUCUAUUCAACACAAGACUGCACAACCAUGUCUUUUUUGAGACAUAUGUAUAAAACCUCUGUCAGCAGCCAAAACGAUUAAAUUAUAAAGAAAAUGUAUGCCAUGGACUGUUGUUUCCUUUGUUACUUUUUCAAAAUUUGUAAAAUGAAUGGGACAAUCCAAGUGCCUGGUACUAAGGCUAGUUGUUGGAUCCUGUUUGUGUCACCUCCAUUGUGGCAGUGCUGACUCAGAGCAUUCUAAAACCUUGGCAGGAAUGUUUUCCUUGUAGGGACAACACCGUUAAAUAAUGUUACUACACCACUCUACAUAUAUGCAAAGAAAUAUGAAAAGAUGUGUGGCAAGGGAAAAGCUUCUGCCGCGGCUUUAGUAAGCUCUUGCUCUGCCAUGCUACAAGAACACCACCAAUAAGGUGUUAUGGAUAGACACAAAGGACGAUGUGAUUAGAAAUAAAGACGCAUGUUACUGGGGACCAAGACAAACAAGUUGUUGGGAGUGGAAGACCCACAAGUAUGGGGAUGGUGAGAGAUACGAGAGUUGGGAAGAUAGAUGGAAAUAAUUGGGAAAUUAAGGUGUGGAUUAGAGAUGUGGGGAAUGGGCAGUCUACAAAGAACAAAAAAAGAUACAUUCAUAAUGACACAUACUGCACACAAGCUACUUAAUGUUAUUCCUAUAUUUUAUUUUCUCUGCUCAGGACAAAAAUCCUCACCAUCAGGCAACAGCCUUAGACAGAUUGCUCAUGCUUCUAAGCGCGUUCUCUUUUCAAUAGUACACGACAAAACAGGUAUAGUGUUUCACUUAACGCUGUGCAUCAUCUAUAAUUAAUAGUGCAGCAUUCACUAUAUUUUGCUAGGAACUUUCUGUUCCUAAUCAUCCAACAUGUCUUGUUGUAACUACUUGUUUGUUAGUCCACCUAUUGUACAGCGCUGCAGUAUUUGGUGGCACUUUAUAAAUACUUAUUCACAGCUGGUUUGGUGGUUGUGCUUCAGAUAAGGGAUAUGUAACAAAAAAAAAAGAAAGGAGAGUCCAAUAGUGGAGUAUAUAUAGGUAUUUGAGAGAGAAUCAGGUGUGAAGUGCCCCUUACAUUCAGUGGAGCUUCUGACCAGCUUUAGGGGAGUAGGCUUGGACAAUCCCCACUUUGUAUAUAACAGAUAUAAGCUCAUUUAUGAAAUAUAGAGCUGAACAAUUAUCAGCAAUAUGUAAGUAGGACUCUUUUUUUUACUUCACACAGUUUUGUCUACCGAGAGCACUAUUUUUUGUUGUUGUUGUAGCCACAUAAGGCUCUGUACCACGUGAGUGCAUAUAUUAUACAUUUAUAUAAUUGGCAAGAACAGUAUUACAUACUACAAUAUAUGAUGCUUCUGUGUAUAAGAAGACACCUAAAUAUCCCAAAGCGAGGAUUGUUCUGCCCAAGUCUAAACCCCUAGAGCUGGUCAAAACCUCUAUUAAAUGUAAGUGGCUCUCAACAACUGAAUUUAUCUCAAAUAUCAAAAUAUACUCCACCAUUGGACUUUUCUUAAAUUUUUUACAUAUCCAUCCUCUGAAGUACAACCAUCAAACCAACUGUGAAUAGCUAUAAUCUUCUCCAGCCAAGAAAUUAGAACCUUGGCAGGUAGUUGCGGCUACCCAUUUUACAGGACUGUUCUAGAACUUAAUCUUUCUGUUUUGUAUUGUUUUAUAAAUAUUAAUAGUGAAAAACUUAAUUUUAGUUUACUUAGUAUUGCUUAAUUAAACGUAAUCUGCUGCAUGAUAAUUACACAAUAUGAUGCUACUUUUUACACAAUAAAUUGCUUUCCUAAGUAAAAUUUCCUUAUUCUUGUUUCUUAAUAGAGAAAUGGGACAGUUUCAUUAAGGAAACUGAGGAUAUCAAUACCCUCAGGGAAUGUGUGCAGAUUCUUUUUAAUAGCAGAUAUGGUGAGUAGAAAUUACAUUUCCUAUGAGCUGCAUUACACAGUAUACUUUUGGUUUUCCUAUGUUUCUUGAAAGAUUUCUUCUGAAAUAAUUUUCUAAAAACACUUCCUUCCGUGGCUUGUCUACUUGCUUCUGUUUGGGUCUUCUUUGAAAGUCAGCAAUUUUGAAUGAACCUUGAGUUUGAUUGCAGAAAUUUGAAGAUAAUCAAAUGAUUGCCAGCUACUGCUCUUAAUGUCACAUUUCUUUCUCACAGAGAAUGAAACAGAUCUUCACUUAAGGAAUCCUUAGGGUGUUGUGAGUCUGUAUUAUCCUGAAGAGUUUUUACACUUCUAUUACACCUCUCAUUACCUCUUACCAGCUAUCAAUCCCCUGCGUGAAUUGCAUUCUUAACGAUGACACUGAUUGUUGAAUGAACUGUAAAUCUCGAUAAGUGAUUUUUGACUCCUAAAUAUGUUAUUCCACCUGCAAUGCUUGAUAAAGUGGUUUUAUACCUAAAUAAAGCACACAAGACUUCAUACCCAUUGCUUUUGGAGGCUUAACACUUUGCAGAACUAAUUGUUCAGCCAUGUCAACCCGUAUAAUUAAUCCCGGCUUGCAGCAAUACCACACAAGCAGUGGGCAGAACUAAGCUGCAAUAGCCGCAAAAGGGAUUGUAUGUAUAUAUCAACGGAUUAAAGUACAGAUUGAUAGGUCUGCUUAAAUGUAUUUGUUCAAACGGUUCUAGGUUAGGUGAGGCAGCUCAUGAUUUGUUGUUCUGAUUAGGAAUGGGUAAAGGUGUUUUAAGAUUUGCAAAAAAAAUAUGUUUGAGAAUGUGACAUCCUCUUGAGUAUUGCAUGAACAUUGAGGAACAAUUGACGAGUAUGGUAGGUUUAGUGUACUUAUAAUCUUAAUUCUAGCAAAAUGUUUGUUUAUCUUCUUUUACCAACUCCAAAUAGCAGCAAAGCAAAACACACAAAAAUAAAUAACCAAUCAGAUAAAAGCAAAACCAAUGUAAUCGGAGUACACAGUGGACAGGAAACACAAGGACAGAUGUCUGAAGAAAUUCAAAGUCAGCAAUUAAAAAUCACUGCCCUCCCUGGAACUCAGUGAGAGAAGAACAGAAAGUCAAGUGGAUUUCCAUACAAAGUAUCAAACUGAAACAAACAGAAAGACAACUACAAUGCUAGUAUAAUAAUUUAAUACAUAAAUGUAUAUACAGUCAGGUACAUAAAUAUUGGGACAUCGACACAAUUCUAAUCUUUUUGGCUCUAUACACCACCACAAUGGAUUUGAAAUGAAAUGGACAAGAUGUGCUUUAACUGCAGACUUUCAGCUUUAAUUUGAGGGUAUUUACAUCCAAAUCAGGUGAACGGUGUAGGAAUUACAACAGUUUGUAAAUGUGCUUCCCACUUUUCAAGAGACAAAAAGUAAUAGGACAAUUGGCUGCUCAGCUGUUCCAUGGCCAGGUGUGUGUUAUUCCCUCAUUAUCCCAUUUACAAGGAGCAGAUAAAAGGUCCAGAGUUCAUUUUAAGUGAUCUAUUUGCAUUUGGAAUCUGUUGCUGUCAACUCUCAAUAUGAGAUCCAAAGAGCUGUCACUAUCAGUGAAGCAAGCGAUCAUUAGGCUGAAAAAACAAAACAAACCCAUCAGAGAGAUAGCAAAAACAUUAGGUGUGGCCAAAUCAACUGUUUGGAGCAUCCUUAAAAAGAAAGAACGCACCGGUGAGCUCAGCAACACCAAAAGAUCUGGAAGACCACGGAAAACAACUGUGGUGGAUGACCGAAGAAUUCUUUCCCUGGUGAAGAAAACACCCUUCACAACAGUUGGCCAGAUCAAGAACACUCUCCAGGAGGUAGGUGUAUGUGUGUCAAAGUCAACAAUCAAGAGAAGACUUCACCAGAGUGAAUACAGAGGGUUCACCACAAGAUGUAAACCAUUGGUGAGCCUCAAAAACAGGAAGGCCAGAUUAGAGUUUGCUAAACAACACCUUAAAAAGCCUUCACAGUUCUGGAAUAACAUCCUAUGGAAAGAUGAGACUAAGAUCAACUUGUACCAGAGUGAUGGGAAGAGAAGAGUAUGGAGAAGGAAAGGAACUGCUCAUGAUCCAAAGCAUACCACCUCAUCAGUGAAGCAUGGUGAUGGUAGUGUCAUGGCGUGGGCAUGUGUGGCUGCCAAUGGAACUGGUUCUCUUGUAUUUAUUGAUGAUGUGACUGCUGACAAAAGCAGCAAGAUGAAUUCUGAAGUGUUUCGGGCAAUAUUAUCUGCUCAUAUUCAGCCAAAUGCUUCAGAACUCAUUGGACGGCGCUUCACAGUGCAGAUGGACAAUGACCCGAAGCAUACUGCAAAAGCAACCAAAGAGUUUUUUAAGGGAAAGAAGUGGAAUGUUAUGCAAUGGCCAAGUCAAUCACCUGACCUGAAUCCGAUUGAGCAUGCAUUUCACUUGAUGAAGACAAAACGGAAGGGAAAAUGCCCCAAGAACAAGCAGGAACUGAAGCCAGUUGCAGUAGAGGCCUGGCAGAGCAUCACCAGGGAUGAAACCCAGCGUCUGGUGAUGUCUAUGCGUUCCAGACUUCAGGCUGUAAUGGACUGCAAAGGAUUUGCAACCAUGUAUUAAAAAGUGAAAGUUUGAUUUAUGACUGUUAAUCUGUCCCAUUACUUUUGGUCCAUUAAAGUGGGAGGCACAUAUAAAAACUGUUGUAAUUCCUACACCGUUCACCUGAUUUGGAUGUAAAUACCCUCAAAUUAAAGCUGAAAGUCUGCAGUGAAAGCACACCUUGUUUGUUUCAUUUCAAACCCAUUGUGUUGGUGUAUAGAGCCAAAACGAUUAGAAUUGUGUCAAUGUACCAAUAUUUAUGGACCUGACUGUAUGUAUAUUAUAGGCAAUAUUUCAAAAACAAAGAAAGAAGUGACUGAUAAUCAUUAAAAUUUAUGUAAGAGCACUACUGUAUUAAUGGAACAUAUAAUACAUAGACCCAACAUAAUAAUGCAAUAGAGAGGUCUUAAUAAAAUAUAACACGGCAAAUCAGAAAGGGUAUAGAUGGGUUGGAAUAUACUUUAAUAUACUAAAAUUAAGAUUAUAUGUACACUAGAGCUAGGAUAGCAUUCCAUUUUAGAACAUGAUCGGAAGCUGCGUAUUUAGCUUUUUUAACCCUACGGUAAAAUAGAAAAAGGUGUCAUGAGAAGAUGGGCAAAAAUAAAAAAUCAGAAAGGUAUCCUCUUAGAAUGCAGAAUGGGAUCCUUGCAAGAUUAUUCCAACAUCUGGACACCAUGGUUGAAUCUGCAAUCAAUAGAAUGGUUGCUUGUUGGACAUGGAGUUGACGAAUUACCUUCGCUAUCACUGCAAAUGGGGGAAAUUAAUAAGUCCUGUGUGGUGGCCACAUCCGCCUUGCUGUCCGGAUACGGAAGCCAGCUGUUAAAUUUCUGUACUUGAAUGUUGUUGCAGGAUGCAAAAUGAUCUAUUGACCACUGAGAUUGGAUAGUUGGGAGAACAAUUUGAGCAUCAAAUCGCUUGAAUCCCUUCAGUGUCUGGGGAACCAUUCUGCUGUGUAAUUCAUCUCCCUAGGUAAAUACCCUUUUGUUAGGGAAAUGUUGUGGGACAGACAGAAGUCUGAAACUUCUUUAUGCCAAUUCCCUCAAACUGUGGGCCUAGGAUUUCACCAUGUCUGAAGUGAAGGAACCUGCUUCUGAAAAAAAGUUUGCCAAAUAUAGUUUGAGGCCCUCACUAUUCCCUUACGAAGGGCUCAACCCAUAAAGGUAAGCAUUAGCGGGUCAAAUAUAGGUGUCUGGGUAACUUUAUCUGGUAGAACUGGUCUUGGACACUUUGCACACAGUCUAUUUUGCUUUCUUUCCCCAGAGAUUUCCCAAGCCAUAGAGGCAUAGAUCUUGCCAGGUGAUCAUGUAUUGCCCUUUCUGCUGAGCAGGGAUGGUAUAUAUUACGUGAUAACCCUCGCUUGUGGAACUGAUUAAAUACUCCCCAGCAACUAGUAGACAGCAGACAGCUCCCGCACUCUGUAUGCAUUUGGCACAGUUUGGAGACGAAUGUUGGUAUCCGCGACCGUGCAACCAAGAUGGCAGCCAAACUCUUGCGGCUGUGUGAAUGGCUAGUGCUGAGCGGAAAUGGGAAAAGGCAUCUGAGAGAGGCACUAGGCUCCCGGUUUGCAGUGGAAACUCUUACUAUAUGGGCCGAAUGGUUCUAUCUGCCGUUACAUUCUAUGUUUCUAUGUCUAUGGAACACACAUCAGAAACCCCCUGGAUAGUGAGAGAAUGUGGAAUGAAACAUGUUUCCAAUGGAUUGCAUUGUGGGCACAUUAAAGAAAAAAGGCUAAUAAUAUAAACAGUAGAUGGACAGACCAAAGAGAGUGAACCAUACACGAACCAUAGAAUUAUAAUAUCAUUAUCCAGUAAGAUCACUUCCGGCAGAGGAAAGCAGCACCCUGAUCUGUGUCCUGUUGGAAAAGCAAAGAAAGAGGAGGUGGCUACUCAGUACACCCAACUGUACACAUUCAGUUUUUUCUUGGAUGACUGUUUCUGUGUGUUAUUCUUUGCUGCUAUUUGGAGUUAGUUAAGGAAGAUAACCUCCUGUCAUGUUGUCAAAUUACUUCUGUCUGAAGAAUGUAUCCAUAUGGCAGGAUUGACCUGUGAAUAAGAAUGUCAGUAAUUUACCUCUUUUACAUGUCUUCCCCUUGCAGGACAGGUAUAGGAGGGCAGAAGGUCUGGACUCUGUAGGUGAGAAAUCCGGAUCUGUCUUUCAGAGGAUUAGAAGAUUGCAUGCUCCCUCAUGCAAACUCUGUUCGGUUGUCUGAGGGAGUUCUCAGAUAACAUUAGAUGCAGGCACUUUAUUGACUACUAGGUGCAUCAGAAUCAAAAAUAGAGCAGGGAAGAGAGACCUGGGGCCCAGACCUUCUGCUACACCCAUCCUUGCUAGACUACCUUGUUUAACCCAUAACCUGAUACUCUGAUACUCUCUUCAUCUUAAACUGUACAUAGGACCUAAAACUACCAAUGUUCAGUUUAAUAAAGAACAGACUGUUCUAUAGCAGGCAUACUGUUUUAUAUUGUUAGCAAUUAUCCAAGAAGUGAUCCCACUGAUUCACAAUAAUAUUCUUCUACCCCAGCUGAAGCUUUAGGGCUUGAUCACAUGGUCCCUGUUCCAUACCGUAAGAUCGCAUGUCACCCAGAAGCAGUAGAAAUCAUAGGAAUACCUGACAAAAUUCCUUUCAAAAGGCCUUGCACCUACGGAGUUCCCAAACUUAAGAGAAUCCUAGAAGAAAGACACAACAUCCACUUUGUUAUCAAAAGGUAACAUUUUGAAAAUACAAACUAUUCAAAUGAAUACUUUAUUCUAUCAUUCUACUGAUUUGUAAUUUGAAUUAUAACUUUCUUUUUGCAGUAUGUUUGAUCAGAGAAUUUUUGAAGGUAAGUGUUAACUUUUUUUAUUGACAGAAAUAAUGUAAUUUUACAUAUAUGACAGACAGGUUUCCUUUACAGGAACACUGUAGCAUGUUUUCCUAAUGCUAUAGUUUUCCUGUUCCUACUCUUUUUCAGCCCUCCCUCCCCCCCACCCUUUGCCAUGAACAUUUUAAAACUAAAGGUUUACUUACCGGUUUCCAGACGAUGAAUCAUUGGCGUUGCUCGCCUCCCAUACCAUCACAGAGGAGGCAUGACCACCGAUGGUCAAUCCAAUGCUCCUUAAUACUGCUGUAUUUUCUUGUUAUCAACGAUCAGUAAAAUGGUCCUCUUGUAUAAUAGUGUAUGUUUUAACCAAUCGUUAUUCACACUAAUAAAUAAAUACUUCUGGAGUGAAAAUUCAAAGAGCAAUUCUCUAAGUCAGCUAUGCUUCCAGGUUUGGCUGCUUCUUACUUUAGUAAAUCACUUUGUAUAGAAUUUCUCUGUACUGAUGACUGAUCUGCAGCAGAUCUUUACAGAACUGUUAUUAAAGGGCCAUUAAUGACCCACAUUUCAUCUAUGUCUUCAUUGGAAUAUAAUGAGGUAAUUCCUAAAACCUCAAGGACUGGUUUGAUCUGCAGUAGAUGUGUCCUUAGUAUACAUCCUUAACAUACCAUGAAAUAUUAUGAAUCAUUUUGAAAUAUUAGUAUUUAACACUGAAUUCAAAAUGUGCUGUGUAACUAUAAUUAGGUGCUAAAUUUUCUCAAGAUGCCUCAAAAUCAGACGCUACCCUGGGAGAGGAGCCCUCCAGUGAAACGCAGCAGGUGACACCUCUGGACAUCCAUGGAUCCAUCUCCUCAUUCAUUGGGGGCAGGUUGGUGUUUACUUAAAAAAAAAAACAACAACUUUUGAGUGUUCCUUAAAAAAAUUAAAAUGCUUUGCUUCUUUCUACAGCAUAACCGUGCCUUUAUAGUCAUGCUGCCUCAUUUCACAAAACAUCUUUCUAAUUGGCAGGUAGAAAGUGUAGCUCAGCCUUUGAGAAAUGCUGAGCUCUUCUUCCCAACAGCCAAUCACUGUACUCUUAUUCUCUUAAAAUAUUUUCUAAGAAGAUCCAAAAGGAAAGAGAAAAAAUAAGAUUAGGGUGAUCGGCUGUGUGGAUGCGUGAUGUCAUCUGCUCAGCUCACACUGAUCUCUCAAUGGUUGAGAUAGUAUGUUCUUUCAGUACUUUUAAUAGUUGAAUAGCUAAGCUGCGUGCUUACUCAGAAUAUGCCGGAUAUAGAAGUUGAUUUUGAAAAAUGAGGGAGCAUGGCUAAAGGUAGAUUUUCACUUCAGAAUGCUGUCAAACUUUCUAAUAAGAUUGUAGGGAAAAACACAGCGUGAGUGUAACACCUAAACCUAUCAAAUGCACUUAAGUUGUGUUGGUGCCAAGAGUGGACCUGUAUAGUGGACCUUUUUUUAAUUAUUACGCAAGCUUUUUUUUUUUUUCAAAUUCCACAGCCUUACACAUGAAAACAGCCAGAAAUAGACUUGCAAAAGCACAUAGUGUGUCUUGUUUCUAAAGAUAUUUCUUUAAAUGUUUUACAUUUAAAUGUAAUUUAAAAAAGUAAAAAGGUGUACAAUUAAAUACAGACUGAUUAUUUUGUUACAUGACUUCGCAUAAUGACAGUCUACUUUUUGGUUGCACGUUAUAUAAAAACUAUAGUGUCAGGAGUACAAAACUAUAUUCCUAAAAUGAUAGUGCCCUCUGCCCCCUCCUCCCCAUGGCAAAUAAAGUGUUCAAAACCCUUUUUACACGUACCCGUUUUCAGCUCCAUUAUCCUUCGGUGCUGGAUUGCCCUCUUCCGACAUCAGCUGAUAGAGGGAUCUAAUUCGCAUGUGCGGCAAGCACCACACACACAUUAGGCCUUCCUAAUGCAUUGCCUCAAUCCUUUCCCAUGGGAAUUUCAACACGUUGGACUUCCUCAUGCAAAAUGUGAGGACACCCAGCUUAGUUUCACAGAGUCAAAUUCUGUGAAACUCCAGGACAUGCCUCUAGUAGCUGUCUGGUAGACAUAACAACUAUUACUAGCACAAAAUAGUGUGUUAAAAGAGCACAUGGUGCAUAUAGCGAGAUAUAUCAUAACCGCUACGGUGGUUUGGCCUGCCCCACAGGCCUCCUGGGUACUCAGCCUAUAACACUCCUUAAAUGACAGCCAUUGCUCCACAGUCCAAAGAUCGAUCUCAAAAGUAGGUCAGUGUUUAUUGUCUAGUGCUUACUAACUGACCCUGCCCAUGGAGCAACCUAAUUAGACAUCUAGAGCACUGACUAAAGAAACGUCACUAUGGUCAGCUCAGCAUAAAAUAGACAUAUAGACAAGAGGGCUACUUUACGAUUACACUGGUAUUAAUAAGUUUAUCUUUUUUCUUUCCUUUUUAACAAAGAUGUGCCCUUAACAAUUGGACUGGCAAAUUAGACUACCGCUAUGUAAGGCCACUUAAAUUCGCGGCUUGCGCGGUCGCACCACCAAUUAAAAUCACCCAAGUUGGAAAACAUUCCUAACGUAAUUUUACAUAUAAAUGCAUCACUCAGUAUGGUAUUUAUCACAAAGCUGUGCGUAACUCACCUAUUAGUGACUUGCUCGCAUAAGAAAGAAACAGUUUUUCUCUUCUGUUAUUUUUCUAUAUAUAUGCUUCGAUUGGCCAAGUACAUUAUUUAAUGACACUUACUCUCUUUAUUUUGUUACACGUCUUUGUUAGCCCAUGUCAGGAUGUCUCUCUUAUAGAUCAUUCGUUCAGACUAUCACAAAUGUAUUCUUGAAUAACUAGUUAAAUACAUUGAAUGUAUAGCACAUUAGUUAAAUUAAGGAGGUUAGCUCAGGCCCAGAGCAUGUUAGCAUCAUACCAAACUGACAAAACGGAAUACCAAUCACACAUUUACCUAUUACUAUGCUUGACUACUUUAGCACGCUAUUUCAAAUAAGCAAUGUAUAAUAACCUGUUAUAUUCUUAUUUAACAAAAAUGUGCAAAUGUAUCAUGCCAUGGACGUGUCUGCAUUAACCUGCCUGUGUCAGCUGUUGUGGCUACACAGGUAUGCUUGUAAAGUCUUUUUGCACCAAAAAUAAAGAAUUAUAAAAAAAAAAAAAGAGCACAUAGUGUAUUUAACUUGACAUAAGCCAACUUGCUAAAAUAGUUUUAAUUAGUUGUUAUGGUUGUAUAUUUGUGAAACCUGAGAAAAACUUUGUUUGAUUAGUACAUAACGCUUAGUGCUGAAGCCAAAACAAAUUUAGCAAGCAUUUAACUUGCUGAUCGAAUAAAUAAUUAGUAGAUUCAAAUGAUCUUUUCCAUAUUUCUAUUAAUAUAAAAUUCUGAUAUUUUUUUUUCUUUUGUUUUCUAUAUAGGUCUUCAAAGAGCAGUGUUUCGGAUGAAUAUGAACCAGGUACCCUUAAAGACAUGGGUUUCUUUUUUUUUUAUAAUUCUUUAUUUUUGCAGGUGAAGCAGAAUGACGUAUUUGUUAAAACGUUUACAUGUUUAGUUUUCAGUGGCUACAUUCUUUUAGCUUUAUAGACUCAGUAUGAUCACCUGUAUUUUUGUUAUAUUAGACUAGGUUGCAUACAAUAAGAACAAUACCUCACACAACAGAUUUCUAUAUCAGCUUGUCAUCAGGUAUGCAGGGCUCAUCAUUGUUGCUUGCUGUCAGGUACUAGUGGCCUUUAGGGUUGUCAUGGGGUGUAACUUGACCAUAUAGUUUAUCUUGUCUCGUCCCGCAGCGUAAUAUUAUGUCCCUUGAGGCAGUGGGUGGCGCUUUGGGAGACUUGGCGAUACGGUAAGCUCCGUCGUUGGUAAAUUGCUUGGCCUGUUUUGCUGGGAGUAAUGAAGUCACCAUUCGCCUAAUAAAAUGCGGUAACUCUUCCGUGGUCACUGUGUCUGAGACACCUCUAAUCUUUAGAUUUUUUUGGCGGGAUCUUUCAUCCAGGGUUUCCACUCUUAAUGUCAGGGCAGAGUGGUGCGCCUGUAGCUGCUUGACCGUGUCUCCCACUGCCAGAAGGUUGUGUUGCAGGUCUGCUCUGUCAGUUUCUGUGGUCUGAACGUGAGUGGUGACCGUUUGUACCUCGGUCCGCACCGCGGCUAGGUUGGCUGCAAAUAGCUGCUGGAUUUUGACAGAGAGGUUGUCUAUGUCCUGUUUUGUUGCAGGGUCCCUGUUGGCUGGGGCGUUUGUGGUUGGGUGCCUGUCUUUGGGUGACCCUGGGGCAUCCUCACUCACUCCACCUGCCUCUUGAGGGUUGUGGCCUCAGUCCCGGCCUGCUCCAGCACCCUGUGCUUGGGCGUGUGUUGGAGCAGUGUGCCGAUAUCCUGUGACUCCUGGGUUGUGUGCACUUGAGAUUUGUGGGUCUUCUUCCUCCGGCUCUUGGGGCAGUGCCUGCCGAGGAACGGGUGAAAGCUAGUCUAAGUCCCACCAGGCCACGAAAGCGUUUUUGUUUCGCGCCCAGUUACUGAAAAAUGGCAUCGGCGUGUACCUCUCCUUCCCCUGCAGCCGAUGCUGGUCGGAAAUGCGGUAAUAUGUUUUGCGGAGCUCCAGAAAUGUUGUAUUAAUGUACUUGGGUAUCACCCUUACCUCACUUAUCAAGUACAUUUACAUGGGGAGAUGCUGAUUGGCGUAGCACAGCAAUAGCCUCCUAAUGCUUUCCUAUUGGAAAGCAUUAGACUGGUUGAGUUCAUUAAGAUGAUCUCAGCCAUGGAGGUGGGAUCAGCCAUGGCAAGGCCAAUGCAGCAUGGGAAAAAGGUGAGUGAAUUCACCUUUUUAGCGUGAUCGGAGCAGGGUCGGUCACUUAAACAGCCACACCAGCAAUAUUGUGUCAGGAAUACACAUUUGUAUUCCUGACAACAUAGUUUUCCUUUAAAAAAUGACCUUAAUUUUGUUUCUGUUCCAUAAGUCCUCUUUGUGUUUUGCAAGUGUGAAGUGUCUGAAAUGGUUUAACAGUAUAACCGUUUUUUAAGCCAUAAGAAAAUGGCAUUUUGGCAUCUUCAUACAGGGUGUCACUAAAGUGAGAAAUCAGUGUGAAUUCAAGUUAAAAAUAGCUGCAGAAAUACUCUAAAUCAGCUACGCUUUAAGUUCGACUACUCUGGCCUUAAAUCAUAAAUUCACUUUAAAUUCUUACUUUAGUAAAUAACCCUGAUAGUUGAGAAAACUGUUUCACCAACCAAGAGAAAGACACAGAAGGGGUCAAAUCCACCCGUGUAGUAUCACUAUACGUGUGGAAAUAGUAAACCACAUCAAACAUAAAACAAUUGUGCGUCAUUCGAAAUCUAACUCAAAUUACACAGACUCCCAAUUAAAAAUAAACUGUUGUAGAAUAAUUAGAUAAUGUUAGAAGUGAAAAGUAGUGCUUUCAGUCCCAGAUUGUGUGGAAUGCUGGAGGAUAGGGGAAGUGACAUCAAAUGCCAAAAGAAACAGGUUAUGAUUUAUCUGUGAUGAGUGGAACGUUUUGUAACUUUAAGUAAAUAGUAAUGAAUGGCUGCAAAAUCUAUCUCUCUGUUCCAACUUCUUUUCCGAGUAUCCAAUCCCCAAGACUACAAGUCUGCAGAUGCUUUAUGAACCCUAGUGAGAUGGUGAAAAAUAUUAAAUGAAAACACCAAUUCUAAGUUAUAAUUUAUUAAAUGUGAUAAAUCACUCUUAAAACUACAAACUGGAUUGCAGUCAAGUGAAAUGUAAGUUUUAUUGUUCUUGUCUGCAGUAGGAGUGAUCUAAGAUGACAACUUCUCCUUGUUUAUCAGAGUUUCAAUUACCACAGUGGUGUUAUUUAUCAAAGAUGGCCUCCUUUUCUUUCUAAGUUAAAUUGUAAGAAUAAAAAGUGUGUUUGUUUAGACGUUCAAUAAAUGAAUAAAUGGAUUUACCCCAGAAAUUAAAUUGAAAGCAUUUGAGACAGUUGGGUCUGGAUAUUUUAGCUGUGUGCAUGUGUCUUUCCUGCUUCUGUUUUCAUUCAUUUUAAUAAGAAUGUGUUUAUUGUCGUACAGCAGGGACUUCGGGCGAGCAGAAUGGUGUAAAACAUAUAAAGAUGGAACCUGAAGAUCAAGAUAUAAUACAGAUCACUGUUCCAGGUACAGAUGUCUGACAGACCAUAAGAAAUAAAUGCCAAUAUUUCCCUAUUAGCUUAACCAUGGUUCACAAAGCCUGAUCUAGUAUUAUUUUCAGAAACACAAGGUUCUCAUUACCACAAGGACCUUACUUCACUUCGUUAUUGAUACAUUUCUCUGUAUUGAAUGUUGAGGUAAUCAGUAAAUUGGGUUACUUGUAUGUGAAAAAAUAAAACAUGUUUUUGUUCAAACUGAACACUUAUACUAAUAGAAUUGUACUGGAACUUUCCACGAUUUUUUAACUGACACAAAUGAUUGAAAAUUCAAUUUAAAAAAAUCAAUUGAAAAUGAAAAGGUUAAAGAUAAAAUAGUUAAAGGGAUUCUAUAGUGCCAGAAAAUCAAAGCCGUUUUCCUGGCACUAUAGAAUCCUACAGUGCCCCCCUCCCGCAGCGCUGAAGGGGUUAAAACCCUUCAAUCACUUACCUGAAGCGUUUUACUCAGUGCUGGGUCAGGCUCCCCCCACACUGCUGGCGGGGCAGACAUUAGGAUUUCCCCUUAGGAAGGCAUUAAUCAUUAAUCAAUGCUUUCCUAUGGGGAUUCCGAUGAUGCUGAAAGUCCUCGCGCAUAGUUUGAGGAUGUCCAGCAUCAUUUAGAUGACCAAAAGUCUAAGUCUAAGCACCCAGAAGUCCCCCUAGUGUCUGUCUGGUAGACCGCCACCUGAGGAGGAGUUAACCCUUCAAGGUAGUUAUUGCAGUUUCUCAGAAACUGCAAUAAUUACCACUGUAGGGUUAAGGGACAUGGAACAUUGCACCCAGACCACUUCAAUGAGCUGAAGUGGUCUGGGUGCCUACAGUGUCCCUUUAAUAAUGUCAACUGAUCAGUGAAAGAGAUGAAUAAUAAAUUUUUUUUUAUGAAGCAGCAAUGCAAGUCAAAGCAUUGAAAGCCAAAAGAUAUGAGUCACUACAUAUAAAAAGCACAAUAAGUAUAGCAAUAUCACAAAAAAAUUAAUAUUAAUGUGGUAAAAUGAAAGAGGUAGUUUUGAUGUGGAAGUCUCUUCAAUUUUCCCUAAAUAUUUCUCAUGAUGUGGUCAUUUGUAGACUAAAUUCAAAGUCGUUUGUCUAAUUGGAACAAAAGAAAAUGUUCAAUAUAGUGAGGCUCAGUUACUAUCCUUACAGUAUAGAAAAUAAAUAAGCAAAUUUUUAUGCUGAACAGGAAACUGUGGAAUUUUUCAGUCCACCACAACUCCCUCUAUAAGUCUAUAGUAAGAAACUAUAACUCAGCAUUUAUUUAAGUAGGAAAAUAGUGAUAUCUUGCUAGAUCUGUUUAACACAGCCACAUCAUUAGUAGUUUUAGCUGCUCUAAACUUACUGUACAGUAUCCUGCUGAAACGUGAACACCAAAAUAUUAAAGUGAACUGGAGCUGCUCACUGGACAUCUUUUAUUAGAUCUAGUUUAUUUUCAGUAUUCCAUUAUUUGGUACGUAAGUAGAACUUAUUCUUUUGUUAAGUUUAUGAUAUUUAAUUAAGCUUUUUCCCAAAUAGAUGGAUGUUUUGGAUUCAGAUUCCUAUCAAUCUCAUCACAAGAGAUAUUCAUGGAGCAUUAAAUAAAUACAUAGUAAAGGAACACACUUGCUGAAGAGUGUGUAGUCUCUUUUUCAUUUUAUAUAGUAAUGUUGUUAAACCCAUAUUUCAAUUGCUCAGAGCACCUACCUUGUAAAGAUUUCUCAUUGAGCUGCAUUGGGAAGUCUGUGAUUGGACAGCCACAGAAAGUCUGGGCGGGCUUAGAAGAAGAGGGCUUGCAAAGCUGCAAACAAAUAAAUCUAUAGCUUUUUUUCAAGCUGUUUUAGAUAUAUCCCCAAUGAAAAAAAGUAGCAGUAAAUGCAUGCAUGUUUUUAUUAGGGCUUUAAUCUAAAAAAAUUAAAAGUUUUUUUUCUUCCAUUGGAGUGUUCCUUUAAGAAUGAGUAUAUUUUUAUAUAUUUAGUGGGAAUUGUUUUUAGGACUCCUUAUUAUAUACCAAUAGCUAUUUUUAUAUAUAUAUUUUAACACGGUCUCAAACCCAUCCUUUUUAGAGCACACAUUUCAUUCAGAUGAAACCAGUGAGUGUAUUACGAACCACAUAAAAUCAGAAGAGCCAAGCUACAUACUGGACUCAGGAACAGGUAAUAUCUGCAUGGAGAGAUAUGUGCAAACUCUUGGCAGGGCCUCAUAAUUACAGCCGACCAUUGUUUUCAACAAACCAUUUUUAUACAAUAUUAGUUUAUUCCAUUAUUUUUUUAACAUUCUGAACAUAAAGCCAGAUUUUAAAUAUUAGAUUUAGGUUGUUGGGAUACCAAUGUGAGACUUUAAAAAAGCUUAGUCCCAAAUAUAUUUAUUUUAAAGGGGUAUGUUUACACAUUAAUUUAUGCUGAUAACUUGUGUUAAAGGAACACUCCAAGCUUCAGAACUACUGUAGUGAGAUAAGUGAUCACUUUUCAGAACUCACAAACAUAUUUUCGUUACUUUCAUUAGAUAAGUAAACAUAAUAGGGAUACAGUUACAUUUAGAGCAAUUGUGGAUUUUGUUUGUGUGAUGGCUGAUUCUUCAAAGCCAUCUGAAGUUUGUAUAAAAUAGAGAUGUUUCAAUUUCCAUAUUUUUAUUCACAAUAUGAAAGGCACUCUCAUACAAUCCUGAUAUAAAGUGCAGGUCGGCAUUUUAUACCGCCUUUUCAGUUAUUUUACGUAAGAUGUAGCAAAAUACAGUUCUCAUUUAAUAAAUCUUUGCCAUCCAAGAACACAACAAAUGUUUGGCAAAAGCUUUUGACAGCUGCAGUGUAAUAUAUGGAGGUAUUUUUAAUUUGUAAUUUUUUUAACAACAGACAGCGAAGUGUCUGAGACAUUUUCUUAAGGCAAAACCUUGGGAUCUUUCAGUUUAUAGAUGGCUUAAGAUACAAAAACAUGAAAGGGGAACUUUGCAUUUUAGCUAACAAGUUUUAGUUGUGUUCUAGCAAUAGCUAACAAGUUUUAGUUGUGUGUUUUGGAUUUGUAUUAUAUGCAAGGAUCUUAAAGCACAGGCUGACAUACAAUGCAAAUCAUCAAUUCCUAUGAUGCAGUUCUCGGCAGUCCACGUGGUCACGUGCUUGCUGACAGUAUCAAAGGAGAAAUUCACAAUUAAUCGUCACCCAAAGAUAGCAACCUUUUACUGCUUGCCCAAAGUCCAUAAAAGUCUGACACCCCCCCCUCCCCCCACCCCCACCAAGCUCGUCCCAACUGAUUCAGUUCCCAUUCUCGUAUUGGGUUAAUUUUGACAUGCCGGAGAUUUUAAUAAGGGUGCGUGUCGGCCCAUCGGAGCAGUACUUGUUUCAAUUAUCCUAAGAUACUGACGUCUCGAAAACCGAUUGGUUAAAUGACAUCAGUGGAGGGGCGGAGUCUAUGUAUGUAAUUACCCAGUGUUUUCUUCCCAGCCAUUUACUCUUGACAAAGGCGCAGGGUAGCGCCGAAACGUGCGUCGAGUAGGACGCCAUACUAAGUGAUUGAUUUUAGUGGGGAUUUUUAGAGCUGCCUCGAAGCAGCUUGAUAGAUAGUGCUUUAACCUGGGUUUGCCUGCUCAUUUCCUCUAGGCAGGUUAUUCUCAGGGCUAUGCCCUUUAAGGUAGUAGAUUCUUACCUACGGCUACCUCUUGAUCUAUCUGUUUAGGACAAUACACUUUACUGAGUUGGGUAUCUUAAUAGGAUUUCACAGUGGUAUGCUGUUAACCUGACUUAUGGGUAAUUUUAACACGGUAUUACUGAAGAAUUCAGUUGCCAUCUAUACUUUUUCUAUAAUUAUCCCAGAUACCCUGUCCUCACUGGCUUUACUUUAUGCAUUUUUUGCUGAGAACUUGUUACUGCUGUAUCCAGGCUUUCUACCACCACUACCUCUAUUCUUAGGGGUAUACCUCCCCAUAGUUUAUCUGAGGUAGGGUGUUAUCCUUCCUGUGUUCUACUGGGCACUACUGUGAUUAACUAGGGUAGGGGGCUACUAUAUAUGGUUUUUUACCCUCCUUGCUCCUGUUAUUCAUGUAGUAGUAUAUUUAGCCCAGUAUUUGUGUCUAUAUGAACAUAGCACCUAUUCCCAUCUUCCAUCUUUCUGGAUUUAUGUUCCAUUUGUAUCUUGACUACUGAGAUCAUAUUGUCUUUGAUACUCUGUAGCUGUCAGUUGGGAUUACAGUUUUUUGAACUAACUGGUUAUCUGUAUUGUUACUAUCAUUAUUCACAGAUAGUUUAGUGAUGAUGCAAUUGAAUAGGGAAUAUAUGUAUAUGAGACAUAUCUGGGUGGCUAUCUAUUAUUUCCCCUUGUUUUUUAUAAAUUUUUCAUGAUCGCCUUUUUCCACAUUUUUUCACGUUUUGUUUGUGUUUAGUGAAUAAAGUAAUUCAAAUGAUUUUUAUUACCUCUAUACUAUUAGAGCUGUUUCUAUUUCUAGUGGGUUAUCUGCUGAGAAUGGUUACACCGACUUCUGUCUAAGUGGCCAAUGCCUUUGUAGAAAUUCACAAAUACUCACAUAUGGAAGAUGGCUAACGCUAGAACUAUGGCAGAGCCAGUACCUACAACUGUGAACCUUCGCUGCACCUCAUUAGUGUUUACGGUGUAGAAAGGCAAACUAACAGCUUCUCUUUAAAUUAUGAAAGAAAAUUCUAUGAGCUUCAACACAAACCAACCUUUUACGUGUAACUGUUUACCUUAAAUGCUAGUUUGUUGGGUUUUAUACCUAUAUUUUGUCAAUUAUUUAUAGUUUGUGAAAAUGGAUCCAUUGAAAAUUGCAGGAAUGAAAAUAAACAUUUGGAUGGUAAGAUUUGUCACUUUCUUUUUUGCAUCAGUUAAGAAUAAAAAGCGUAAAAUGCGUAAAAUGGAGCUACACUGCUUCACAUUGUGAAGUAUGCAGGAACUAAAGUGACAGUAUGAGAUGUCGUUGUGCAGUUGCUUGGGCCAGAGCACCGAUUGGUGUUAAAAAGGGAAGUAGGACAAUUUGAUCAUGUAGAUCAUGUGAAUGGCCCUUUUCCCGCUCCACCUUGACACAUUUUGUUGAAAGGUAGAAAACUGAGAGGGCAUAUUAACCCCUUAAGGACACAUGACAUCUGUGACAUGUCAUGAUUCCUUUUUAUUCCAGAAGUUUGGUCCUUAAGGGCAGUGUGUACCCACAGGGCCAGCCUCUUCCCCUAAGGGGCCCAGGAUCCGACCACCCCAGGGCCCCCCGAGGCUGGCCCUGCUGACACCCGGAAGGCGGGUGGCCGGUCGGGCAGGCAGGCGGGCGCACGAGGGAGCACUCAGUGCUUCCUCUUCAGCUCCCUCGCGCACCGCACUGAUACCGGAGCCGGAAGAUGACGUCAUCUUCCGGCUCCGGCAUCCCUACGCAGCGCGCAAGGGAGCUGAAGAGGAAGCACUGAGUGCUCCCUCGCGCGCCCGCCUGCCUGCCCGACCGGCCACCCGCCCAGGAGCCCAGCAGCGCCACUGGACCCCAGGGAAUCCCCCCAGCACCCCAAAAGGUAAGGAGGCUGGGGGGAUUAAAUUUAAAAAACAAAAAACAAAACUAGUGUUAGUGUUUGAGUGUGUGUGAGUGUUAGUGUGUGUGUCUGCUAGUGAGUGUUAGUGUGUGUGAGUGUUAGUGUGUGUCUGCUAGUGAGUGUUAGUGUGAGUGUUAGUGUGUGUGUCAGUGUUAGUGUGAGUGUGUGAGUGUUAGUGUGUGUGUCUGCUAGUGAGUGUUAGUGUGAGUGUUAGAGUGAGUGUUAGUGUGUGUGUCUGCUAGUGAGUGUCAGUGAGUGUGUUACUGUGUGUGUCUUACUGUGUGUGUGUGUGUUAGUGAGUCUGUUUGAUGUCUGUUAGUGAGUGUAUGUUUGUCAAUGAGAGUGUAUGUUUUGUAAGUGAGUGUGUAUGUAUGUCUGUUGCUGACUGUGUCUCUGUCAGUAAAUGUGUGUGUCUGUUAGCUAGUGUGUAUGCGUCUGUAAGUGUGUGUGUGUCUUCAGCACUUACCUUUCUCCAGCGCCGGACUCCCUUGGCGCUGAGGAUCCCUCAGCCUCUCAGCUCCGAAUGCGACCGCGCACGCAUUCAAACCGCCCAUAGGAAAGCAUUACUCAAUGCUUUCCUAUGGACGCUCAGUGUGCUCCUCUAGCGGCUGUCCGUGAGACAGCCACUAGAGGCUGGAUUAACCCUCAGUGAAACAUAGCAGUUUCUCUGAAACUGCUAUGUUUUCAGCUGCAGGUUUAAAACUAGAGGGACCUGACACCCAGACAACUUCAUUGAGCUGAUGUGAUCUGGGUGUCUGUAGUGGUCCUUUAAAGGACCACUAUAGUGCCAGGAAAACAUACUCGUUUUCCUGGCACUAUAGUGCCCUGAGGGUGCCCUCACCCUCAGGGACCCCCUCCCGCCCGGCUCUGGAAAGGGGAAAAGGGGUUAAACUUACCUUUUUCCAGCGCUGGGCGGGGAGCUCUCCUCCUCCAAUCCUCCUUCUCUCCUCCCCGUCGGCUGAAUGCGCACGCGCGGCAAGAGCUGCGCGCGCAUUCAGCCGGUCACAUAGGAAAGCAUUCAUAAUGCUUUCCUAUGGACGCUGGCGUGCUCUCACCGUGAAAAUCACAGUGAGAAGCACGCAAGCGCCUCUAGCGGCUGUCAAUGAGACAGCUGCUAGAGGAAAUAGGGGAAGGCUUAACCCAUUCAUAAACAUAGCAGUUUCUCUGAAACUGCUAUGUUUAUGAAAAAAUGGGUUAACCCUAGCUCGACCUGGCACCCAGACCACUUCAUUAAGCUGAAGUGGUCUGGGUGCCCAGAGUGGUCCUUUAAGUGUGUGUGCAUCUGCAUGCACUGGCGUACAUACCGCGGUCGCAGGGGUCGCAGCCCUGUAACCCCUGCGACCAGGUGCCCACCGCCAUGUGUUGCGGCCUGGCCCGCGCGCCUGGGGGGGGGGGGCACGGAUCAAUUUUCGCACCGGGGCCCCAUGGGUCAUGUGUACGCCACUGCUUAAGGGGUUAAAGGAUCACUAUAGGGUCAGGAACACAAACAUGUAUGCCUGACCUUAUAGUGUUAAAACCACCAUCUAGCCCCCCUGGGCCCCCUCAUGCCUCCAUAUAUAUAUAUAUAUAUAUAUAUAUAUAUAUAUAUAGUAAAAAUCUUACUGUAUUCAAGCCUGAAACUGUAACUCUGCAUGCUGUUUGACCCAGAAAAACAAACAGUCUGCUGACAUCAGCAGAAGUGGUAGCCUGAUCCAAUCACAGUGCUUCGCCAUAGGAAUGGCUUAGACUGACAAGGAGGAAGAUCAGGGGCAGAGCCAGCAUGAUUCAAACAGAGCCCUGGCCAAUCAGCAUCUCCUCAUAGGGGUGAAUUGAAUCAAUUCAAUUCAAUGAGGAAAGUUCAGUGUCUGCAUGCAGAGGGAGGAGACACUGAAUGUUUGGAUGCAUUUUAGGCAGCCAUGACGCAGGAAGGAUCUCUAACAGCUAUCUGAGGAGUGGCCAGUGAAGUUAUCACUAUCCUGUAAUGUAAACACUGCAUUUUCUCUGAAAAGACAGUGUUUACAGCAAAAAGCCUGAAGGUAAUGAUUCUACUCACCAGAACAAAUUCAAUAAGCUGUAGUUGUUCUGGUGACUAUAGUGUCCCUUUAAAACCCCUAAGUAAUCAGAAUAGGGAAUAUUGAAAGGCACACAAUAAUAAGAGCAGGGUACUAUAGGGGCAAGGAUAGAUAAAAUCUAUAAAAUCAAUAAAAAAAAAGGGGGAACAAAUCAAAGGGAUAGGGCAACACAAAUAAAAUACAAAUAGAGUACAAAUAAUGAAAUAAGAUAAAAUGUAUGCAAUUUAUACCUACUACUACUAAUAAGCUAAAAGCUCCCACCCAAAGGUGAAGAAUGCAGAUAAAAACACAGGAGAAAAAAAAAAUCUCAAGUAACGACCAGGAGUGGGUAUAGGUGCAUUUAAAUGAAAAUAAUACAAAAAACACAAAAUAAAUAGAAGAUAAAUGAAAAAAAGGGAGUGUUACGCUUGGGGAGUGUGACAGUAGGGAAAUCAGUCUCUGCUCAUUGGCUUGUGUUCCACUUUGUUGUCCAGAGACAUAGAUGCAGCCUUAUGCAUUACGUGAUCUUGUGAUCUUCAACCGAUCGUUACUAAAUUAAGAUCCUAUAAAGAGCCGCUAUAAUACUUCCCGUUCCUGGCUUUUCUUUGUAUGUUUUCCCGUAUGUAAUCUUCUCUUAGAACCAACACAUACAAAGAAAAGCCAGCAACGGCUUCUAGCUGAUACAUUAUUGGACUAUAUUGCAUUGGCUGUUAUUUACUUCGAUUUUAUUUUUCGGUUCAUAAUAUUUAUGUAUGUUAUUCACCAUAUUUGGACUAUAUCAAGUUAAGACCACUGGACAUUGUCACCUAGAUCCACUGUUUAGCGGAUUUGCCCUUAUAUUGCAGUUUCCAUUAAGGACUUUUUUUUAUUUUAUCUUCUAUUUAUUUUGUAUUUUUUAUUUUUAUCUUUAUUUUAUUUUUUUUAAUUAUUAUUUUCAUUUAAAUGCACUUAUUCCCACUCCUGGUCAAUACUUGAGAUUUUUUCUCCUGUGUUUUUUUUGACACCUUUUGUGUUACACAAGUAGGAAAAAGCCAUAUAAUCUAGGCACUUAAGGUAAACAAUUGUGAUAAAGACUUCAUAUGAGAUGGAAUCAUUUCUGUUGUAACUUCAUGCUUUGAUUCUUCAAUAAAUCUGCUACCUUGUUCACCUUGUUUACUUAGGUAAUAUUGCUUUUUUCUACUUGUGUAUUGAGGCUGACAGCCUGAGGGCCAGUUUUGCACCUAGAAUAAUACAUUGAGAAGAGUGUAGACUCCUUCUAUCUUUGAAACAACAUUCUGUGUUAUAAACAGCAGGUUCUGAAUUGUGAUGUCAUAUCCUGUAGACCACACCUGUAAAAGAGUAGUGUGAACAGAAUAAGCACAAUAAAUAAUGUGUUUGAAUUCCACAACACAAACCUCUCACUACCUUCAGCACCAGUGUAGCAGUACUGCAGACUUUGGAUCUCUUUUCUCUUCCACCUUAACCACCCAUGACAGGUGCAUGAGCAUCAAAGGGAGGACAUAGGAAUAAUGUAGUUAUUUAUAGUUUGAGUAUAUGAGAGUAUAUUUAGUCAUUGAUAUGUGUGAAUGUGUCCUAUUAUGUAUGUUUGUGAUUUGUUAUAUAUGUACAGUUGUUGGGCUUGUAUGUAUAAUCAUGGCUAAUUAGUUGUGUAUGUGUGUGUGCAGACUGAGAGAAGUAGUGUAGCUAUGAAUGCAUGUUUGUGAGACAGUGGCUAGUUAAAGGAACAUUAUAAUGACAGGACACUAUAGUUACGCACACUUCUUCCACACUCCGCCCCCUUGGCUGAGAGCAUCAGACUUGAUGAACUCAGCCAAUCCAAUGCUUUUCCAUUGGAAAAAACACUGUUCUGCACCAAUCAGCAUCUCCUCAUAGAGAUGUGUUAAUUCAAUGCAUCUCUUUGAGCAACAUUUAGGGCCGCCAUGCAGACCCAGGAAAAACUUCUAGUGACCAUCUGAGUGACUGCCACUAGAGGUUUCCCUAGGCAGUAAUAUAAACACUGCCUUUUCUCUGAAAAGGCAGUGUUUACAUUAAAACGUCUACAGGGACAGGCAGUAGUCAACAGAACAACUACAUUAAGCGGUAGUUGUUCUGGUAACUAUCGUGUCCUUUUAAGUUAUGAGAAUGUUAUUAAAUAGAUCUUUGUGUAACCUUGGAUAGGUGUUUGUUCAUGAUGCAGAGUGCAGGUAAUAUAUGUGGGAAUUUGGUUAGCUAUUUGUGUUUGUGUGUUACAUGGCUGGUUAUGUGUGUGAAUAAGAGAAUGGUAUUGUGGUUAGUUGUUUAUGUAAAUAUGGCUACUUAGGUAAUGUAUGUGUGUUCCUAAAGAGAUACUCCUAGCACUAGUGAUUUAAAGUGGUCAUGGUACCUGGAUUCUGUAUGUGAAGCGUUUCGCUAUGAAACCUUUGGUGCUGGAGGUGUAACUCCACCCCCAGAAAUGCCAUUGGGGAGUCAUUCGCCAGUCCAGACCAACAGUUCUGGGCUGGCUCAUGUCAAUUCUGUGCCAUAUUUCAAUGCUCACGGAACUCACCAUUUGGCUGAGAACAAUAAGCUGACACUCUUGGCCAAUGAAUGAGUGGCAGGACCGGCAUCCAGUGUCUGCAGCUUUUUAGUAGCCAGAUGUGGUUCAGCAAUUAUAAUGUAACCCAUGGCGCCCAGUGAAGCCCCAGGUAAGAGGGAAAACUGUUGUAAACUGGUCUGCCCCAAUAGCGGAUAAAUGGUCUGUAGUGGUUAUGAAAAUUGGAGUAACCUCUUAUGGCUUGAACAUAAACAUGUUUGUAAGGACCAUUGUGGUUAUGAAAGUUGGAGUAAGCAUAUAAGGCUUGAUAAUAAACAUAUUAAUUAGUCCACAAAGGGCAAAAUGCAUUUGAAGUAAGGGAGCCCUCCUCUGUUAUGUUUAUGUGUGUUUAAUACAUAUAUACAUGAUGCAAGAUUUAGUGACAACUUAUGUUGCAUUGCAUUAUUUUGUAUUUAUUUGCAUGGCACCCACCUUGAUAUUAGUAAUGUCUGUGUGACAGUGAACAUCCCAGAGCCAUUUAUACCUAGUGUGAGAAUGUACACUUGACAUUACUUAUUUUACUGUUGCUUACAGAGGACAUAAUAUCUCAGUCUGCACAAACCAACAUUUUUUCCUACUUGAUGAUAAGACCUUCACCAAUUUGAUGAUAAGACCUGCUUCUAACAUCCAUUAACUGACUUUCAAAUUCAGGGGAAAAAAUUCCCUCGGGAGAACUAGAGAGAACUCAAGAGUGAGUCAGAUUUAGAAAAAAGAUUUGCAGUGUUCUACAGAAAACUAUUUUAAUGGGGAAAAAAUGUUGCUUGGGUACAGAGACAUUAUGAAGAUGAUUUGCCUUUCCUGACAUUGCAGUAUCUCAUAAAUUCAUAUAAAAAUAUAACUGCAUCCUCAGCAUCAACCAAAAUCAUAGCAAGGCAGCUAAAUCAUAAGUGUUAAGCAGGAAAAUGAUAGCAAGCAUUCUGUCACACUGGCUAUAAUACUGUGGAUGUAGAUACCUCUUUAGUUAUUGGUAGUAUGAUGCCUUUUAGAGGUAACAUAAUAAAAUAGGUUGGUGUGACAUACUGUAACAGCAGAUCUUGUGGUUCAGUUAUAUAAGUAAUUAGUUUGCAUAAUGCACAUAUAGAUGCCUGUUCAGCCAUGUAUGCCAGUUUUCCAGAUCACAGUCAACCCCAUUGGAUAAUUAUUUGCUAGCACUUCUGCCUCAGACUUUAGAAAGCUCUGCAGCUUUGGACAGUGGUUACCGUGGUAACUUUACAGUCUCCUCAUUAAAGAGAUUUAUUUUAACCUCCUAGGCUCGGAUGGUUGUUCUUCUAAGAGUUUAAUUUAUGUUUCAUUUCCAAAUGAAAUUGUACCUUUUGGGCAACACUGAAAAAGUGAAAUGCAACAUAAUAUAGAGGCAUCUUAUGCAGUAUUCCAAAAGGCUUCUAUGAAAUAUUAAUACAGACAUUGAAUUAUAUUGGUAUUUUUCAUUUAGUGAGUGCUGAAACUAUUAACACUUACAAUCCCAUGUAGAAGUCAGAAGUCUACUAUUUACCCCAGUCUUAUGUAUGCACAGGCUGAAUUAAUUUAAAGACUGUGUAAAUCCUCAUUUGGCAGAGAAACUAAAUGGCUGGUCCCUCCUUUGCCUUGUUCAAAUCAUGUUAUCUAACCCUUGCCAAAACUCAACAGAGGCAUGUCCUUAAUAGUUACAUAGUUACAUAGCUGAAAAGAGACUUGCGUCCAUCAAGUUCAGCCUUCCUCAGAAAUGUUGUUGCUGUUGAUCCAAAAGAAGGCAAAAAACCUGGUCUGAAGCACUUCCAAUUUUGCCACAAACUAGGAAAAAAAUCCUUCUUGACCCCAAAAUAUCAGUCAGAUGUCUCCUUGGAUCAAUCAGCUAUUACCCACUAAUUAGAAAUUAUAUCCCUGUAUGUUAUGUUUUUGUAAGUAUUUAUCCAAUUUCAGUUUAAACAUCUGUAUGGACUCUGACAAAACCACCUCUUCAGGCAGAGAAUUCCAUAUCCUUAUUGUUCUUUCUGUAAAACAACCAUUUCUUUGCCUUAGAUGAAAUCUCCUUUCUUCCAGCCUAAAUGUGUGACCUCAUGUCCUAUGUAUAACCCUGUUUAUGAAUAGAUUUCCAGAUAAAGGUUUGUACUGGCCCCGAAUAUAUUUGUAUAAAGUUAUCAUAUCCCCUCUCAGGCGCCGUUUUUCCAAACGAAACAGAUUUAAUUUUUGUAACCUUUCUUCAUAACUAAAAUGCUCCAUUCCUUUUAUCAAUUUUGUAGCUCGUCUCUGGACCCUCUCCAGUGCCAUGAUAUCCUUCUUUAGAACAGGCGCCCAAAAUUGCACAGCAUAUUCAAGGUGUGGUCUCACCAGCGAUUUAUAAAGAGGCAAAAUUAUAUUUUCAUCCCGAGAAUUUAUGCCCCUAUUUAUACAUGACAAAAUCUUACUGGCCUUAGCAACUGCAGAUUGACAUUGCAUAUUGCUGCCUAAUUUGUUGUCUAUAACAAUGCCCAAAUCCUUCUCGUGUGUGGUUAUCCCUAAUUCACUACCAUUUAGUGUGUAAGUUGCUUGUGCAUUCUUAACCCCGAAGUGCAUAACUUUUCAUUUUUCUAUGUUAAAUUUCAUCUGCCAUUUUAGUGCCCAGUCCCCCAAUCUAUCCAAAUCUCUCUGCAACAAAGCAAUAUCCUGCUCACAUUUUAUUACUUUACAAAGUUUUGUGUCAUCUGCAAACACUGAUACAUGGCUUUCAAUGCCUAUUUCAAGAUCAUUUAUAAAUAUGUUAAAUAGAAGUGGUCCCAAAACAGAACCCUGAGGGACACCACUUACCACUUUUGUCCAGCCUGAAAAUUUACCAUUAAUGACAACUCGUUGUACUCUGUCCUUAAGCCAAUGUUCUACCCAAGAACAGGAAUAUUCAUCUAGACCAAUUUCUUUUAGUUUGAAGACUAACCUAUUGUGAGGAACCGUAUCAAAUGCCUUGGCAAAGUCCAAGUAGAUCACAUCCACUGCAACACCCUGAUCUAUACUUCUACUUACUUCUUCGUAGAAUGCAAUUAGGUUAGUUUGACAUGACCUAUGUUUCAUAAAACCAUGCUGAUUAUUGCUAAUAACAAAGUUCUUCCCAAUGAAUUCCUGAAUAUUAUCCCUUAAUAGCCCUUCAAAUAUUUUCCCAGUUACUGAAGUUAAGCUCACAGGUCUAUAAUUUCCAGGCAAGGAUUUUGAACCCUUUUUAAAUAUAGGAACAACAUCUGCCUUCCUCCAAUCCUCCGGUACAACACCUGAAACAAAAGAAUCUUGAAAAAUUAAAUACAGAGGUUCACUUAUUUCCCCACUUAGCUCCUUAAGUACUCGUGGGUGAAUACAGUCAGGCCCCGGAGCUUUAUUUACAUUAAUUUUCUUUAAUAGCUGUAGCACCUUGUCUCGAGUUAUCCAGUCACAAGUUAUUUGCAAGUUUUUUGCAGCAAACAUUUGCAUAUCUCUUGCCAUAGGAUCCUCAUUAAUAUAUACUGAAGAAAAAUAGUUAUUUAAAAUUUCUGCUUUUUCCUGGUCUUCAUUAGCUAAUAAACCCAACUCUGUUUCAAGUGUACCUACACUUUCAUUUUUUGUUUUUUUAGAAUUGAUGUACUUGAAAAAAAUUUUGGGGUUGGUUUUGCAUUCUUUAGCUAUCAAUUUCUCAUUUUCUAGUUUAGCCACUUUAAUUGCCUUUUUGCAAGUGUUAUUGGCUUCCUUAUAUCUUAAAUAGGAUGCCUUUGAUUUGUCUGAUUUAAAUGCUUUAAAUGCCCUUUUCUUAUUUUUAAUCUCUUGUUUUACUUCUCUACUAAGCCACAUUGGUUUUAAUUUGUUUCUUUUAUAUUUAUUACCCAAUGGUACAUACUGAGAAAUGUACCUUUCUAAUAUAUGUUUGAAUAGUUUCCAUUUAUCCUCAGUGUUUUUAUCACUAAGGAGUUUAUGCCAGUCGAUAUGUUGUAGAGCUGCCCUAAUCUUAUUGAAAUUGGCUUUUUUAAAAUUAUAUGUUUUAGUAUACCCCACCUGCUUUUGCUUUUUUGAGUUUAUUUCAAAAUUUACCAUAUUGUGAUCACUAUUUCCCAAAUGCUCCCCUACUUGAAUGUUGGUUAAAAGAUCAACAUUGUUUGUUAUGACAAGAUCCAGACAAGCAUCCUGUCUAGUUGGUGCUUGUACCAGUUGUGACAUAAAGGUGUCAUUUAACACAUUCAAAAACCUGAUUCCCCUUGCUGAAGUACUAGUCCCUCUUUCCCAAUUUAUGUCUGGAUAAUUAAAAUCUCCAAUAAUUAAUGGGUUACCUCGAUUUGCAGCUUUCUCAAUUUGCUCUAACUGCUGUUCUUCCUCAUUAAUAUUUACAUUAGGAGGUUUAUAACAUAUCCCAACCAAUAAUUGAUUUCCCUUUGUUUUCCCCAAGCAGAUAUCUACCCAUAAAGCCUCCACCUUUUCCUCGUCACACUCCACAUGCCUAAGAUUUGACUUUAACUCACGGUUGACAUAUAAACAUACCCCACCACCCUUCUUGUUUUUCCUAUCCUUCCUAAAUAACGUAUACCCAUUUAUUUUAACUGCCCAGUCAUGUGUCUCAUCCCACCAUGUUUCUGUUAUGCCUAUUAUAUCAUAUUGUUUAGUGUAUGCUAUUGCCUCUAGUUCCCCCAUUUUGUUAUAUAGGCUCCUUGCAUUAGUAAGCAUACAUUUAAUAUUAUCAUGAGUCUUUUGUACUUUUUGUGAAUUAAUGGUGAUAUUUUAUUUUACUGUCCAUGGCAUAAUUGCCACAUACAGUGGUAUUUAUGGCAUUCUGAAACCAGGUGGUUUUUUUUUUUUUUUCAUGUUUAUAAUGUUCUGAUGUUUCAAAUGUACAUCACAUUUUCUGAUGCCAAGGUUCAGUUCUUACUUGUUUGCAGUGUGUAUGUUAUUGAAUUGGUUAAUAUAUAUUUUUGUAUUCUGAAAUUGUUUAUAAAUGUCUCACUAAAUAAAAAAUUAGCCACACAUUUUGUUUUGAAGAGUUUGAAAAUAAAAAAAAAAUUAAAUGAUAUCAUACAUUGCCUAAAAUAUAUUUUCAUUUUAUUUGUUUUCGGUUAUUUUCCUUGGCACAAAAAGGAAUUGGAGACUUAAUAAGACAGCUGAGAAAACAAGUAGAAAAUGCGUUCAACACAAAAUACGGUAAGUAGCCAUUAACCAGAGAUUAACUGCAUAAGUAGAUCAAUGUUCCUUUGAGGCAUGAUAUAGGUAUGAUAUAACGGUGUAUUGUAAACAUAGCUGUAAUAUCCAGGUGUGUCUGUUUGCUUGGAAUCCUGUUAAUGCUGAGAUUCACUGAAACAAAGCAAUGUUUGAAUUUAAUCUCACAGUCCAUAAAUUCAGUAUUUGUGUCAACAGAAAAGAUAACCUGUUCUGGACACCAUUUCUUCAUUUGUAUAAUGAAUGUUUCUUUGGCAGUAUUUACAGACAUCAGUACAUUUUAUUAAAAUAAUUGGCUGACAUUUCUAGUUUACAAUACCAUAUCUGGGAAUCUUCUGGAAAUUAUGUUUGGCUCUGAUACAUUCUCACCAGUCAAACAAAUCAGAUGCUAAUCUUCAACCAGUUUUGGUUGGAUGCACACUGCGUGGAUGCAGUACUUCUGCCAUGUAGACUGACCCACAUAUAUUUAUUGGACCAGGCAUAAGAGAGAUCUCCAGACGUCUCAUUUAGAAAUGAGUCCAAAUCUGCAUCAGUUAUAUUUACUUGUACAUCAUUUUUUGUUAUCACUGAAUCCCUACUCAAUAAAGUUCUCUGCAUGUGUGCUUCAUUUUAUUUUUGUAGUGCUGUCAAAAUAACUGUGAAAAAUACUAGUAUAGUUAUUAAAAUAAGAGUUGAGUUCAUGCAUGCACAUUUGGUGCCAUGAAUGCAUCUACACACAACCCUAAUGCCUACAUGCAUUGACGCAUUUUCCAUAAUUUCGUGUUUCCAUGCUCAUUAUUAUCAUGUUAUUUUUUUAACAGCAAAAGCUAUUGGAGCUCCCGAGCCUGUCAAAGUGCCAUAUUCUAAGUUUUUGAUGUACCCGGAAGACCUAUUUGUUUUGGGAUUGCCUGAAGGAAUUUCAUUUCGACGUCCGAAUUGCUUUGGAAUUUCAAAACUUAGAAGAAUAUUGGAAAGUAUCGAUGACAUUCAGUUUGUUGUUAAAAGGUAUUACUGUAGUCACAUUUCUAUUCAACCAACACUUAGCACACCCAUUCCCAUUGAUAGAGAUUACCAGUAAUACUUUAUGGUUGCGGUAAACAGUGACCACUGCUGCAAAUCUCUGUUGCCUGUGGAUUAUAAUGAGUGGGUAUUUUGUGUGACCUAGAAUUGACCAAAUGAGAAAAUGCAUGAAAAUAAAAGCCAUGAAGCAUCUCCUGUAGUGACAAAUCUGCCAGAUGUUGUAGAUAACCAGGCCAAUCAUUUUAAUGAUUAAUAUUAACAGCACUUGACAUGUGGCCUAUGUUACCUGUUUUGAAUGGAGGAUAAACAUUAUCUGAUGGUAUCAUUACUAGUUUAUUAAGUGUUCUUGCAUAGCAAGACCACUUAAUGUUAUCUCGCAUAUAUAUUAUUCCUUUUAUAGCCAAAUUUUCCACCCUAACUCCUCCCACAGUUUUUACACUACAUAGACAUUAAUAUACCGAAACGUGCGGAUUAUUCCCGAUUGGAUUGCUAUUACCUUGUGGAACGUUUCGCCAAAUGGUUCACGGAAUAUCGUCGUUCUUGUGGCGAAAUUGGUCCCAUAGGAAUGAAUGGCAAAAUGUUCAAAACUAGAGUGGGAGCUGGCAAAAGCUGAAAAAUCAGGACGUGAUUUCUAAACUGCCACCACUCCUUCAUUUUCAAGCCCACCUACACAAAUCUUAUUUCAAAACGUUCAGCUAUCCCCGCUGCCACUAAAAAUAUCCACGGCUAAGCCAUAGUCCUGAUCGCUUUCACAAUAUGACCAUUUGUUUAUGACUUACGCCGUCCAUUGACAUUCAUUGAAACUCCAUUCUAGCCAGCUCAAACUUGAAGAGCAAUUUCUAAACUGCGACUGUGCCUUCAUUUUUAAUACUUCAGAGACAUACUAUGCAUCAUAAUGUAGGUCUGGGUCUUGUGACUCUCACAAUAUAAAGCUAUUCGCUGUAGGAUGUAUAGUUUUUAGAUUAUGACCGUUUGAAGAUGGCAACCACCAAAAUACUCUGACCUGUGCCAGGCUGGAGCAGCAAGUGAUGUCAUAGACAGGGCCUUUUGUACACCUGCUAAUGUUUUUGUAAACGUAUGUUUUAAUGUAACUGUGAAGCACUUUGGGCAACAACGUUGCAAUUAAAUGUGCUAUAUAAAUAAAUAAAAGUUGAAAUGCAUUUCUCACUCUAUCAAUAUCGGCAAUAUCAGUAUCUUUAGUGGUCGAUACCGAUAUUGCCAAAAAUACCAAAAAUCGGCCAAUAAUAUCAGUAAAAUCGAUAAUCGCUUGAUCCCUAGUUGUAGACUAGUGGUGGAGACAAGAACACUUCACACAAUUUCCCCAGAAAUUGUAGCUUUUCUAGUUUUCAUUUAUUUUAUUAUUUUUUUUUACAGAAAAUGCCAUUCUAAUGCUUCUAUUGAGCUAACUCUUGUUAAUGAAACGUGUAGCUUAUUCAUUUGACUAAAAUGCCAUUUUGUUCCCAUGCUGUUACAAUAAACGGCUAACGCUGUAAAAGCUAAUAUCUAUAAUACCUAAUCUGUGGGAAGCAAUGACACUUUGCACUUAUUACCCAGCACUUAGUACUCACUUCAAAGAUACUCUUUUGAUAAAUGUUAAAGAACUAUCCCUAUUACCUACCACUUAUCAAUAACUGAGCAAACAUUUGUAAGCUGUACUUAGUAAAAAGUACAGCUGUUGACUGUUGACUGACCAUAUCAUGCCGGAUACUGCAUUUGCUAUAUGUUCAGUGAAUGUUUCCACGUUAUAUUAUGCCUGCUUUGGUAGAUGUUUUUUCCUUGAUGAUAUUCUAGAAUUUAUGUAAAUAUUUUUUUACAAUCUUAUAGGGUUAUUUGUGAAAACUGAAAGUGAAUUCAAAGAGAAGUUCAAAUUUAAGGGCAAAAUAGCUGAACUGGAAAAAUGAUCUAACUCAGCUAUGCUUUCAGUUCGGCUACUCUGGCCUUAAAUUUUUAAUUCACUUUGAAUUCUCACUUUAGUAAAUAACCUGAUAGUCUUUUAGUACAGAACUUUGGAGUUAACAUAUCAGGCUUUAAAAGAGGCAGCUGAAAUAUGUAGUAAAUUAACUUAUGUUAAAAUUAAUUUCACAUCCAUAUAAGCAACUUAUUACAUUUACUUUGCUAUAAGCAUUUAAGUUGAUCCCUUCUUCUGUUGUAACUUCCAUGGUGUUCUAUACACAUAUACAAUGUAUUAUAUUGGGGCUAUACCAGUGGUUCCCAAGCGUUUUAGGUUCAAGGCACCCUUAAUAUUUCAAUAUUUUUCCAAGGCACCCCAAGUCAAAAUUUCUAGGUUGUAUAUCUGUACAGCGCUGCCGCAUUUACUGGCUCUAUAGUGUAAUGUACAGUGUUUGAAGGGGUGCUUGUAUAUAGUUAUUGUGUUUUAAUAUAGGGGUGUGUUUGUAUUUAAUGUUUGCGUUUGAUUGCAGGGGUGUGUCUGAAUGUAAUGUUCACUUUUAAAUGUGGAUGUACAUUUGUGUGAAGUAUUUGUGUUUGAGUGAAGGGGUGUGUUUUUUUUUUUUUUUAGUUUGAAUGCAAUGGUGUGUUUGUAUGUAAUAUUUGUGUUACAUUGCAGGAGUGUGCUUGUAUGUUGUGCUGGUCUUUGACUGCUUGGAUGUAUGCACAUACACUACCACAUACAUACAUACAUACAUACUUACACAGAUAUUCAUGCUAAUUGACACACAGAUGCAUAUAAAUACACUGACACAUACACACAAAUUCAUAUAGACACCGACACAUUCACACACAUAGAUACACACGUACACACACAUAGAUUCACACUGACAUACACACAUGCACUCUGACACAUACAAACAUUGAUACAUGCCCACACCAUGACACACAUACACACACUGACAUAAAAACACUCACCCUGACACACACAUACUCACACACACUUAUACACACUCAUACAUACAAACAGUCAUAUUCACACACACUCAUACAUACACUCAUUCACACGCACACACUCAUACACACUCACUCAUACUCAAACUCAUACACACACUCACACACAUACAAGUGAUUUAAAAAAAAAUAUAUAUCUCCAGCCACCCUCCUGUUCCCUCCAGCUUACCUUAUGUGCCAGGAGGGUGGCUUGGAGUCCUGCUGCUGUGGGAGUGAGGGGUAUGGAGAUCUUCGUGCUCCUCUCCCCUCAUGCUGCGGCUGUCUCCUCCUGCACUGUCUCCCUGCAUGAUGCUGGCAGGCUGUCACUUUCUCCCAGCCGGCCGACAUUACAGGGGCCUGGUCGCGGUCUUAAAGGACCGUGGCAUACGACCGGGCCCCUGUUCAGUAGUAAUGUUUCCCCGGUGCUAUAAUCAUAGCACCAGGGAAACAUUCCGCAGCACCCCUGUGUGCACAGUUUGGUAACCGCUGGGCUAUACAAUAAUAUACUGUGCUACUAUAAAGCAGGUACUCUUGGUGUCUUGCAUGAUGUCACACACACCUUGACAUGGAUAGGAGUUGUGGGGAAGCUGCUAGGGGACCCCAGUAAGAGUUAUUGUUGUUACUAUCUCUUUUAAAAGUCCAUGUGUUUGGCACUGUUUGAAUAAAUCUAAUAUUUUUGUUUUUCUGAAUUAUUUCAAGUAAAUAGAUAUCUCAUUAAAAUAUGGUUUAGUUGUUUGUUUCAACUUGUUUCAUUUAAUUUGGGGUUUACUUAACUGAUACAAUAACCGUGUUUUUUGUUUCCAGACUGGAUCUGAUUUCUGAUGGGCUAAAAGACUGCCUUGUAGAUGGCCCUGGAACUCAAGGUAUGACUAGGUAGAAGUAAAAAAAAAAAAACACGUUGUUGUACAUUAUACCAUGUAAUCAGUCUUUGAAACAGACCAAUGCUUUUCUUGUUACUUAAAGAAACACACCACAUACAUACGCACUUUAGUUUAAGUGCUUUCUAUAGAAAUUGGCACUUUUAUAAAUUAAUCUUCUACCAACCCCACAGCUGUCAGUUAGACAGCUGUUCUUGUUAUUUACUGUAAUUUAGCUCUGUGGAGCUAAACUUAAGAGGCAGGCAACUGCCUAGAACACCUACCUUGCAAACACUUUUCUGUGAUUGGACUCAAGUCUGUGAUUGGACUCAAGUCUGUGAUUGGACAGCAAAGGAAAGUCUGUGCUGUUGGGUAGUACUUGCAGUAGCUGCAAAUACUAGAUCAGCAGCUAUUGCAAGUCUUGUAACCCCAAAGAAAACACUCAAAACAAAUUACAUAGCAAUAACAAAUCAAACUAAAAUUAAUGGAGUGCGUCAAUAUGGUUAAAAAAUAAUAACAAAUUUACCCUGAAAUAAACAAGCAUGCACAAAAUAAUAGUCCAGACUAGAUUAAUCAGUUAUCCAACCUCAGCUCUAUAUAUUGUGCACUCAAGAAAGAACUUCGUUCAAACUGGAACUAUUUCUAUAGAAACAACAUCUCAGAGUAGUAAGGGUAGACGGAUAAUAUUGGAAUUUUUGUAAGGCCGGAACAAGCUCCCGUACUAGCAAGCAGUCCAAUCCGAAAUGUGAAGGAGAAGCCAAAUACAUGAAUGCUUAUAAAGUUUUAUUUAAAAAUAAAUAUAAGUAUAUGUUUGUAUGUGUAUGUGUGUGUAUAUAUAUAUAUAUACCGUGUGUAUAUAUAUAUAUAUAUAUAUAUAUAUAUAUAUAUAUAUAUAUAUACUUAAAACUAAAGCGGGCAAGGAAAAGUAGCAAUAUCAUGCAGCAUAAACACACACAAUCUGUAGGCAAAUGCCAAUAUACACAUGGUGACUUUUCGUACAUUCAUCUUGCUUCACCCGCCAUGACUUGUUUUGCAUGGACUGGUGCUUCUUCCGAUUUAGACUCCUCAUAUUGCAUGCACCAUUGGGGGUAUACCAAUUAAAUCAUUUUUUAUUUUAUUUAUGUUGUUAAUGGGGUGUCCCUUUAAAUGAAACCUACAAUACUUUGCAAUCAGAUUUCUUUUUUGAUUUUUUUUUUUCUUAGGAACUAGUAACAAAGAUUGCCAUGACCCUGUAAUAGAUGAUACCAGCAAGAGGCAUACCUUUCAAGGUAAGAUAAGAAAAAAAAUAUAUAUUUUUAGCAUUUUAUUGUUUGAACACUAAAACAAUCCAGACAUUAUAAUCAAUACAGAUUACUGUAGCUGUUAUGGUGCUUUUAAACUACGGGCUCAAUUUCCAAGUUAUUCAGCAUUUUUGUUGUCUUGCAGCCCACAUGUAUUUCUGGCAGAGUUGUUUCAAUAUAUCAUGUCUUAUAAGGAUCGGUAUGAUCAAGCCUAAAUUGGAACUACAAACACAGUUAUUUGCCAGGCCACAUGUUGGAGAGAUCGCUGUUUGUUAAGAUUGAGUUACCACACGUGUUUGAAGGCCAUGUAAAAAGAUUACUGUUUAAAAGUCCUGAAUGUAUAUAUUCUACAGGAUGCUUUAUUGCCACAAGAUUUUCUCCUAUGUCUGUCAGCAGGCACUGUAAUCAGUUAAUCUCUGGGCACUCAGAUCCCUGAAACUUAGUUACUCUUACUUUGUUGUAGACCUAGCCAGUAUCUUAACCCCAAGUGAUCCAAAUCAAAUGUGUGUUGUUUUUUUUCCCUUAGUUUGAUAUGCUAAAAUUUGUCUAUUUUUAUUUUAGAAGGGGACUUCAAUACAGUGACAGAUGCUGACGUAGACACAGCAGACAUUUCUGGACAUAUCCCAUCCACUGUGACUGACGGUGUAGGAUUUCUGCAAGGUAAACGCAAAUUGAUUUACCCUCAGAGAUUACAAAUUAGUAUCUACCAAGGAGUUAAUUUUUUUUUAUCAUGUUGCAGUGCACCAAACUGUAUGUAA